GCUGCCGGCUGCGCGGCGCAAAAGCGGCGCGUUUCCUGAGCGGCCCGAGGGAGGAUCCUCCUCGCCGAGCCAGCAGACUCUGUCCGCGGGGCGCUCGAGCCAUGGAGUUGCGAGCCGAGCUUCUAAAGUCCAUCUGGUACGCCUUCACCGCCUUGGACGCGGAGAAAAGCGGCAAAGUGUCCAAAUCUCAGCUGAAAGUAAGUGGAAGCGGGUCGAGGGAGAGAGAAAAGGCGGCGGAGGCGGCUGCCUUCUCCCUCAGAGCCCGCGGCGGGCUUGGGGCGCGCACUCCGCCUGUCCCCAGCAGGGCUGCCGGCGCUUUGGGAGCCGGAGGGCAACUUCGGGAGCGAAAAGAAAAGAAACCCCCCUCACAGCUGUGGUGGCGACUUAGGGUUGUGGGAUUGCUCGUGAAGGCGGGGGAUAUCUAAGGAGUUGUGUUCUUCUCUUUUUUAAAUAAAGGGAAGGAAUAAACAUUAUGCACUUAAAUGUUCUGGGCUUUAAAAUAUGCCUUCCCCCUUUCUCUGCACUGGGGUGUGUAAGCAUGUGCGUGUUAGAAAUAGACAUUUGCCUUCUUCCUGUUGAAUUUCCUCUGCCCUUUUCCGAGGCAGCUGGUUGCAAAUGCUGCGUUCCUACCUCGCUCUCUACCGAUCUCAUAGCUGUCUGCUUUUAAAAUAGAGCAAAGGUUGUGCAGAAUGUGGGUUCUGCGCCCCCCUUUACAAAAAGCGUUUCUUUCUCUCUCCUUCGCAGUAAUCUUGUUGGGUGGGCAUGAAAGAUCUUCUGCUGAGUAGACAAGACUCGCUUUCUUUAAAGGGGCAAAAUGAAGAAGAGCAAAACUCUCCUUCCUUGUAAAAUCCUUGUAAACUUUGAAACAGCAACAAAGGCGGUGCUUUGAAUUACAAUGUGGACGCUGGGCUUUUGCUUAAUCACAGUUUUCGGAGCGGGGGAGAUGGCAGAUGAGAUGCAAAUGCAUGCAAGCCCAGCCAAAGUAGGGCAGAAAAGAUCUGAGGAACGCUUGAUGCAAAUAGUGGCGACACCUUGUGAAAUCAACACAAGCCGAUGAGCGUAAGUGAUAAAGGUUAAGGCUGGCUUCCUGCACUGCUCUUACAUAAAGUGGCGGCUGAACCAGUGGGGAAACUGUUUUGCCCCCUCUGGACCACCAUCCUUAGCCCUUGAGCCGUGCCAAAUGAAUGCAAAUGCUGGGCAGCUGCCCGGCAUCCCCAACUGUUUGCAGAGAACUCCCACGUUGCUGUUGCUGCUGCUCUGUUUUUUUAUUGCAUCCUAGAGUUUACCCAGCAAUGCCAGUGUCUCAGAUGUGUUUUUGCUCCUGCAAAUAGGCUGUGUAAUAAUAACUUUCCAAUGAAGGUUUGUUAUAGCCUUACACUUAAGCCCCUUCCCGGAUUUUUGCACCUUUCCCCAAAGUUCAUCAUGAUUGGCCACAGUUUACCCAGGACAGGACACUUGGAACCAGCCUGGGAAAAGAUUCUUCUUUUUUUUUAACGUGUUUCUAGCAGCCUCAGACUAAGCCUUAGAUUUAACUGUGCAGCUGUACAUGACUUUUGAGAAAGUAUUUGCUUGUUUGCAAAAGCGUCUAGUAUGAAAAGGAGCACUGAUGAGGGCCUCUCUGUGUUUAUUUGCACACACUGGCCUUGCAAGGCGGGAAGGGUGAAGAGCAAAACAAACAGCAGCAUUGAGCCAUUGCAAGAAUUACAUCACUGCCAUUUCUUCAUGGAAUCUUGCUGAGAGCAAAAAGGGGUUGUGUGUUUGUGUUUACAACUUCCACUCCUUGGUUUAAACGCUGCAAAAGCACAGUAUAUUUAUAAGCAAAAGCAUUUUUUGUGGUUACUUUUUACACAUCAUAAUUAUAUUGCUACAGUUUAUGAUAGGCAUGGCCAAACUUGGCCCUCCAGAUGUUUUGGGGCUACAAUUCCCACCAUCCCUGACCACUGGUCCUGUUAGCUAGGGAUGAUGGGAGUUGUAGUCCCAAAACAUCUGGAGGGCCAAGUUUGGCCGUGUCUGGUUUACGAGCACAGGUCAAGCAGUCCCUUGGGGUGUGUGCUUAAGCAGUGGGAUCUGUGCCUUUUGACAUACAUCCAUAAUACAGCAAAAUAUUUAAUAGUUUAUAAUGAUCAGUGGGCUGGAAAAUUUUAUUCAGCUAUACUUUUCCAUUGAAAACGUUUAAUUUUUAGAAAUGCAGUAUUUUAUAAAUGUAAUUACUACCAUAAUGGAUACAAUACCAGUCAAACUGGAUAGCUGGAAUGGAUAUAAUGCCAGUCAAAUCAAGAAUUGAAGUUGUAAUUAACUCCUUUCAAGUGAAUAUCCAUAGAAAGCAGAUACUUUUAUGCACAUGGUUUUUCAGGCAUACUAAAAUUAAUGUUUGUCUUCUGCUACCUCUGUUUAUAAAUUUAAUAAAUAAAUAAUAAUUAAAACAAUAAUGUAUCCUCUCCCUCUUUUGCCUCCUCUAUUAUUAUUAUUAUUAAUAUUAUUAUUACUUUCCCUUCUCCAGCAGGUCCCUAAGUGGAUUACCACAGUCUAAAAUUCAGAAUUUAAAACAGUUAAAACAAAUCACAAUCACAGAAAUAGAGUGGAUCCUUUUAAACCACACUAACAGCACCAUUCUGUUCUUGUUUACCUAGAAUUAAGUGCUACUCUAUUCAGUGGCUCUUGUUCCCCAGUAAGUGUGUUUAGAUCUCCCCCUCCCUUAUAGUUCAGUUACAUUUGGCUAUAUGCAGCACAUAACAGUAACAUGACGUACAUUUUAAAAUUUCAUUUAUUAAAUCUAAGUCAAAUGUUAAAUCAGAUCUCAGUUAAUUUAGGGUGGUGUUGAAAAUAUUUCCAGGAAAUGUUUGGAAUUUUUCUGGAAAAUCACUAUUGAUGAAAACCAAUGAGUAUGUAGAGCCAGUUUCGUGGCCAAGAAAUACAGGUGCACCUGAGGGAUUAUUACAUGCGGUCUGAAACACACAUGUGGUCUGAAGUCCCUGUUCGAAGGAUAUUGUAGAGUAGGAAAGAACCUCAAGUUUAUCUAGUAACUAGGUCAACCCCCCAACACAGGAAAUCCUCUGCAACAGCAUCCCUAGUUGUUGGCCGCAUAGCCUUUGUUUAAAAACCCUUAGAGCUUAUGUGCUAUACAUCAGGAGUUUUUAAACAAUGGUCCAUGGAUCCCUAGGAAGUCCAUGGAUGAGCUUCAGGGGGGUCUGUGAACUGGGUACAUAAAAAUAUUCAGUUUUUAAUUUCCUACCUGCUACAUUGAAAAAAGUCUUUGUGGAAUGGAAAAAAUAUGAGGGGGGGUUCCAGAGCUUUCAUCAGAUUUUCAAAGGGAUCCAAUGACCCCAGAAAGUUUAAGAACCAUUUUUUUGUACAUAAUUAGACAGUGUUGUUAACUAUUUAUAGAAUUGCUUUACACAUGUGCCAGUGUUGGUGCUUUAACUACUUUUAGGUGAGUGUGGUGCUCAUUUUGUGCGAGUUAAGUCACUGAAAUUAGGGAUCUUUUGGAGCAUUUUAAUACAGACGAUAAUGUAAAAUAGGUACUGUGAGUAACGGAAUAACACCGUAUACUUAACCAGCAGGACUCAGUUGCCUCUCAUCUUAGUAAUUCCUUUAACUUUAGAGUAGUUUCUUCAACAAUGGAAGGAAAAAAUGAGUGUGCAUUCUGUGUGGGGCUCCCCUUGGGCCUGGUUUGAAAAUUCCCAACUGAUGCAGAAUGUAGCAGCCAGACUACUGCUGGGGGCACCUGACUGACAAAAUGUGACACCGUUGUUAAAAUGUCUGCACGGGCUGGCCAUUUAUUUUAUUUAUUUCAUAAAAUCUAUAUACUGCUUGAUGGUAGAAGACCUCAAAGCAGUUUAUAAAAACAAUAAAACCACAAGAUUAUUAUUAAAAGCAAUAAAAUCAAUAAAAAAUAAAAAUCAAUAAAUUAAAAACACAUCAGCGUUCAAAAUAUCUGGUAGCGAUAUUUACUACCAAGCCAGAUUCAAGGUCUUGAUAUUCAUUUACAAAGCCUUGAACAAAUUAGGUCCAGGGACUGCCUGAACCCUUAUAUCUCAGUUCAGUCACUGAGAUUGUCUGUGGACGUGUUGCUGGUUGUCCCCUGAGUUGAUGGAGCUCAUUUGGCAUGGACAGGAAACCAAGUGUUUGGUGUCAUCAGCCUAGUUCCUUGAAAUGCCCUACCAGUAGAGAUUCAGAAGGCAUCUUGUAUGUUUACCUUUAAACUUUUACUGAAAACUUCUAUAUGCUGUCAGGCUUAUGCAAACAAUUAAGAAAACAUCUUCUGAAACAGUUGAAGAUCUGUGAUUUCAAAUUUUUAUGUGGCUUUUACUGUACAUACAGAAUUGUGGUAAACUGAUAUAUAUUGGCCAGUGGUCAGAUUAUGGAAGCUGUGGUCCAGUAAUGUCUAGAAGGCAACUGCUGCAAUAGGUGAUAAUUUUCUCAGCAUGGGGAUACAGUGAAUGCCACUCAUUUGUUCACCUGCUAUGCAGCUGUUAAAAGUGCAGGAGCCCUGCUGAAGAGGAAAGUGGUAAUUCUAAGUAUCUGAUAACGUAAACAGGCUCCUUUUUGUGGUGCUUCCCCGCCCCCCAUUUAUGGUUGUGCUGUGCCUCACAGAUAUGUUUCCUGUGGGUAUACAGAAAUGAUGGUUCCAGUGUCAGCAUUAAGAUUUUUCUUCCUGUUUAGUUGCAUACAGCUCUCGCUUCUUUAGAAAUCUACAUGGUUAGGAUUGUGCAUCUGUGAAACCUGGUGAUUUCAGAGCUGGUGCUCAUAGGUAAAAUAUUUUUUGAGUUGACUGGAGACCUUAGAAAUCCACGUGGAGUAAAUUUGAACUUGGUGGCUAUAAUGAACCCCUGAUUCCUGUAAGACUGUUUGCUGCAGCACUGCAUUUGAGUAUGCGGUACUUCCGUGGUUAAAGCAAUGCUCACAACUUGGUGAUAAAUGCUGCUGAGCUUACAAAGUACUUACGGCCAUAAAUUGAGAUUAUGGCUACUACUCUGAGACAGCUGUUCUAAGCAUGCUUACUGUGGAACCUGUUGAACUCGAUAGAGAUCACUUUUGAGUAAACAUGCUUAAGAUAGUGCCAUUAAAAAAAUGAUUCCUUAGAAAAAAUAUUGUGAAACCAAACUCAGGUUUGCACACAGCUGAACAAAUCCAUGAAUGAUAAUUUCAUGGCUAUAAUUAUAGCUUAGUUGCUGGAAUGUUCAGUGGUGGUGUAUCUCUGAAGUCUGCCUUAGACCAGGGGGGUGGCUAACCUGUGUCACUUGAGAUGGUGUUGGACUACAGCUACCAUGAGCCUCGGCUAGUAUGGCUAGUGGUCACAGAUGAUGGGAGCUGUAGUCUAAUAACUCUUGGAGGGCAACAAAUUAGCCACAUUGGACUAUAUUCUAAGAACAAACAGGAGAUGACUACUUCCAUCAUGCUCUAAAACAGAGGUUCUCAACCUGUGGGUCCCCAGAUCUGCUCUAAAAGAUGCUUUAUAAUGUGUCAGAUUGUUUGUCCAGCUAGGCCAGUGUUGUCUGCUUUCGACUGGCAGGGUUCAGGAAGAGACCUUUCUCAUCACUUACUAUGUGAUAAGAAAACUGGAAGUACCAGGCAUUCAAACAGAGUACCUUCUGCAGGGAAAUCAUAUGUUCUGCUUAUGGUCUCUUCUGUGAUAAAACCGUAAGUGUACCUCUUGACUUGUCAAUGGAUUUAACCUGUUUUCAAAGCCAGUCAUCAGGCAAGGGACCUACAGUGACCAUGUUUGAACAUAGCAAUAAGCCAGAUUUUCUAAUUUACCUUAGUUUACUGUGAUUGAGCAGUGUGCUAGUGCACCCUGCCUGGUUGUUUCUGCUUUGCUCUUAGUCUGGCAAGAGCAAAAUAAGCAAACUAGAAAACCUUGGUAUCCUAUUAUGUCUGAACCAGGUAUUGUGGAUUGUUUCUCUUGAACAAGCCAUGAUCACUAGCUAACCUUAAAACAUGGCCUGUUGUUGACUUGCUGGCAUUGGCUUGUUAGGGAACAGCAAAAUAUGACCCCUGGUUUGAUUUUAAUGGAAAGCCAAAGCUUCCUGGUUUGUUUGUUCUGCUCAUGCCAGGGGGGAAGCAGAGUGGAAGCAAUUGGGCAGCACGUACCAGCAUGUUGCUCAUUUACAGUAAGCCACAAUAAGUCAGAAAAUAUUACAUGGGAAUGCAGUCAGUGUUAAGAAUAUGAGUGUCUCUCUGCUUGUGCAGAAUGCCUUUUUUCCAACAUCUGCUUUUAAGUGAGCAGGACUUCAAGAGUGAAGUAUGGGGUUUUGAGUAAGGCUUGAGCUGCCAAUUCUUUUAUUUAUCAAAAUUAUCACCUAUUUAAAACUGCAUCGCCCAGUCUGCUUACCUCUAGAGCCCUUUUCUCAUAGCAGGUUCACUAAUAAUUUUUUAGAGCCAACAUUAUAGCAAAGUCUAUGCGAACAGAGGUUGCAACGGGCGUUUGUGGCUUCCUGGGCUGUUUAGUAAGGGGGAUUUUUUGCAGGCAGGGAGCCACCUUACUGUUGCCGCUGUGUCUCCUUAAGCUGUGCAUGUUGCAACAAGGCAGUUUUCACGUGAUUUGAACUUUCCUCCUUUUAAAAUCCAGUAGUUUUUGCAGCUUAUGAAUCUUCUGAUCUAACUCAUCAGUGAUUUUUUUUAAAAAAAAAACCUUUUAUCUUGCAGCAAAAUUAUAGUGGGAAAGCCAAGUAGGCUUUAAUUUACUGUUAACUAGGGCAAUACCUGAUUAGUGAAAUCAUAGUCACUUAAUUGUAUAGAUCGUAGUUUAUUUUAAAUUUGCAUAUAAGAAGAACACAAUGAAUCUAAAUAAAUUGUUUGUUCUAUAAGUGGUGCGCGUGUAUUGCAGGAAAUAUCUUGGACAGAUUUGCAUUUUCCUCCUCUCACUCACUAGAGGGAAUGCCUUUUCUAGAAUGGUGGUUGCCAUGUGCAGUUUUUAUAAGUACUUUUACAAAAAAACCCUAAUUUUAAAAUGUGUUUCCUGGUUUAUCAGUGGCACCUUUUUUUAAACUGAUCAGAAUGUUUUAAAUUCCAAUGCUACUAUUAACCCAAGUUUAGGCCUAGCUCCCUUAGGUUACAGUUUGAUGCAUGGCAGUGGGAAAGUAAGGAACACAACAAACCAGUAAGCACGGAACAGGGGUAGUAAAAGUGAUGUCCUCUCAAUAUUGUUGGACUCCACUCAGAGCCAGAUCAGCUCAUAAGGCAGGGUUAGGGCCUUGCCCCUGAGGUGGCAUCCCCAUGGGCCACCAGCCUGCCUUGCCGCCUCUGCCAGUGCUGGUAGUGGAGAGGCGGUGCCCCCACUGGCGCCCAUUUGGGGCGAGAUUGCGUUCAUUUUGGUUGAGAUCUUGCCUCAAAUUGGUGAUCUCAAUAGGCAACGAGUUCCAAAGUGCAGGUGCUGCCACGCUAAACGCUGAAGUUCUUACCAGCGUGGAACGGGUAUUAUGUGGCACCUGUAGAUGGAAUUACUGCAUUUCACUUUAUAUGGGGCUUCCCUCGCUGUUGAUCUAAGAGUAGUUUAUAGAGAAAGUUGCAGCACAAUUGCUGACAGGAGUGAGAGUCUGUCAUCGUAUUGCACUCCUGCUCAGAGAUCAGUGCUGGUUGCUGAUUAGUUACCAGGCCAAGUUCAGAGUUUUGCUAUUAGUAUAUAAAGCACUUAACAGCUUUGGACUAAUUUAAACAGGAACCUUUGCUGUAUAGUUUUGGACACACACAGUAUAAUUUAGUUACCCAUAUUUUACUGAUUUUAUCUAUAUUUUAAUACUAAUCUUUACUUUUGUUUUUUAACCGGUUUUGUGGGUUUUAACUGUUUCUGUGGAGAGCUCUUUGAUUAAGUGGUUGAUAAAUCUCUCUAAAUAAAGCAAUCCCUGGCCAUUGGCAAUUCUAGCUGAGGCUGAUGGGAUUUGGAGUCCAGUGACAUCGGGGAGGCACCCCAUUGGCUACUCCUGUGUAAAAUGACAUAAUAGUAUAAUAGUAACAAGUGGGACCAGCAACAAAACAUUCAGGACACCCCAUUCCCUCCUCAUCUUCCACCCAGUCAGUCAUCAUUCCAAGUCAGUCUCCCCCUCCAAAUAUCUUGUGUGCUUCUGCAAAUUUUGGAGUUUCCCCAUUCAAUGAAUGGUGUCAUUUUGCUACAUAAGGAUCAACAUUCAAAGAAUGUGUCCACCAUUGUUGUAUGAGAUAUGCUGUUUGCACGAUGGACAACAGUGGGUCACUAGACCCUCCGCUCCAUCACCCUUCUCUGGGCUAGUCCUUUGCUGGCAUGUGGGGUUGUAAAAAGGGGCAAAAGGAGCAGAUGCUGAGCCAUCACCAUCUGAUAUGCAGUUUUAAAUAGGUGAUUGAAUUAAAUAUAGAGAGCUUAACUAAGCUGUCGGUGGUAAGGUUACCCAACAGAAGUUCAAGAAUACCAUAAUGUUUCACUGACACAAUUCAAAUCUACUUUUAAGUGUAUUCUGAAUUCCCUGGUGCAGCUUCUAAGCAUGGGCAGGAGUCAAGGGACCUGUUAUAAUCUACAGCAGAAGGAAAAGCUAUUUUGCCCAAACUUUCAAGUAACCUUAGGCCAUGCUCCUGGCUGUUGAUCAUAAGCAGUUUUUCUGCACAGUUAUUCAUUACAAAACAGGGAAGGGAGCCAAGCAAUAGAAGCAGCAUUGUUAUUUUAUUUCAUAACAUCAUUUUUAUUCAUUUUAAUCUGUAAACUGUUUUAUAUGGUUAUGUUGAGAUAUAUCUUAUGUUUACAUUAGAUUAGAGUCUAUGGCAUGCAGCAAUUGCAGGUCUACUCUACACUGUAUUCAAGAAAGAUUAGCCCAGGUGAAAUGUGUGUACAGUAUAGGAUUGCAGCCUAGAUUAUAUAUCUUCUUGUUAUCAAUGACCUGGAAUGAUGUGUGUGUAUGUACUGUGACACAAAUGUCCAUUUGGUCAUGUGGAAGAAGGGAGAAAACUUUGCAGCUCCUCAGUAACCCCAAGAUGCUUGGUAGAGGAGCUUGUUGUGUUUGGGUUCUUCUCCAGGAAUGUCCAUACCAUAACCAAUCACAAAUAAUGUGCUCUGACAAACUGGUUUCUGCUUGUGUUUGUUUGAAGUGGGGAGCUUCUUGUGACAGACGAAGAACCCAAAGACUCAAGCUGUGACUCAUCCUUGAAAUUUGCCUGAUAGCUGGUGGUCUUCAGCUAAAAGAAUAGGUAUGUGCUUGGUAUUACUUAUACAGGGUGAGUCCUUUAAAAGAGGCCCCGUGGAUACAGAGUACACAUGUUCCAUGGGGCCUCUUUUAAAAGACUAACCCUGUAUAACUACCCUAAUUGAGAAAGCCUAGACAGCAGGUGAGGUGCUAGAUGACUGGAGAUGGGCAAAUGCUGCCCCAAUCUUCAGAAAAUUGGGAUGGUAUGGGUGGGAAGAAAGAUCCAGCAAACUGAAGACUAGUCAGCCUGACUUUCAUACCAGGGAAGAUAACCAGAACAGUUUGUAAAGUACUCAGUCUUUUUGUUAAUGUUGUGGUUGGUAGGAACCAGCAUGGAUUUGUCAAUAAGUAAUCAUGCCAGACUAAUCUUAUCUCUCUUUUUUUAUUGGCUUACUGGUUUAGUGGAUUUUGGAAUGUGUUGUGGUCAUAGUAUAUCUUGAGUUCAGCAAAGCAUUUGAUAAACUCCCCCAUGAUAUUUUGGUUAGCAAUUUGGUUAAAUGUGAUCUAGUUGAUAGUAUUGUCACAACUGUUGGGAAAUGAUGCCCAGUGAUUCCCAAAGCUUUCUCAUUUAUGGUCGUUCAUCACAUUGGAACAAAGUGGGGGGAGACAGAGCAGCACAGGACUCUCUCUCCCCCCCCCCUCGUCAAUUACUUAGGGAUGGAGGGAUUCCUCAUCAAGUUUGCAGAUGGUGCAAAACUGGGAGGGAUAACUUUACACCUCCAAGAUGGGAAUAAAACUCAAAAUAAAUUUGACAUCUGCAGCGGAGGAGGGAUACGUAGCUUGGCAGCAAUACAUGUGAAAUGAUCUUGGGAUUGAACUUGGUCAGAAACUGAAUGUGAGUCAUCAGGGUGAUGUGGCUUCAAAAAAGUCUAAUGCCAUUUUAAGGGUUUCAAUGUAACUAUAGGGCAAUAUUCAACUAAAUAAUUGCAUGAGUGGAAUGAAUUCAGCUUGUGCAAUAGCACUCCCCUUCCGCUGUCCCCCUGUGCAGGCCCAGCACAGUCCCCAAAUCAGCUAUGUAAGGUUGGGGAAACCCUGAGAACAGUCGAUGGGGAGGAGAGGGGGAAAACUCCCACUGUGCAAGAGAAAGUUGUCUGCUCAUGCAGGAAGGUACUUUGUGCUACAUUGAACUAAGUUUUCCAAGCCAUGGGAAGUAAUCGUUUCACUUUAUUCUGCACUAGGCAGACACCAUCUGUAUCCAGGUUUGGGCACUGCACUUUGUACCUUGGCUCCCGAACACCUUGGGAGUUGAACAUUUCAGCUCCCAAACAAUCGAAAACCAGAAGUGAGUGUUCCAGUUUUCAAACAUUGUUUCAGAAGCCGAACAUCCGACGGAGCUUCCAAUUGGUUGCAGGAGCUUCCUGCAGCCAAUCAGAAGCUGCACUUUGGAUGUCAAACAGUUCGGAAGUCGAGUGGACUUCCAGAACGGAUUCUGUUCGACUUCCAAGGUAUGACUGUAUAGACAUGUUGGGAUGGGUUCAGAGGAGGGCAACAGAAAACAGGUCCUGUGAUAAAUGCUUGAAGGAACUGGGAAGAGAAGACUGGGGUGAGGGGGCCAUGCCUGUUCUGAUAUGGAGCAGCUCUUCACAAUCUUGGGCGCAUAGGUAUUUUAACUGGAGGGGCCAGGGAUUGAACCUGGGACCUCCUACUCUGUGCUACUGAGCUACAGCCCCUUGUUCAGGGUUUAAGUUGUGUUUAGAGUCCAUCUUUUUAUCUCCUCUCUUUCAUUUCUUAGGUGGUAUUCAGAUUGAGAGUGAGUGACUUACCCAAGGCCAUACCAGUUUUUGUAUCUUAUUGCAUUCAAAUGCCACCUUUUCCUCCAAGGAGCCUUAAGGUGGUGUACAUGAUUCUCCCCUCCCCAUGUUAUCCUCAUAACAACCCUGUGAGGUAGGUUAUGCUGAGGAACAGUGGCUGGAUCAAGGUCAGCCACUGAGCUUUAUGGCCGAGUCCCAGAGACUCAGAAAGUAGCAAACUCCUCCUCUGUUAGAGACAUUUAAGCAGCGACAGGAGGAUGUCACGAAUGUUUGCAGCAGAUUCAUUGUAUUGGCAGGUAGUUUUAACUAGAUGACUUUUACGGUCCCUUCCAACCUUAUGUUUCUGUGGCAUGUGCCCAGGUGCCCCAGGUCCAGAAAACAGGCAAAUUGGUAUUGUAUAAUCUGACAUGGAAGAAAUGUGACAUUUUCACCAGACAGAUGGUCAGAACAUCCAUUUAUCUGUUCCUCACACAGAAUCAAGGCUUGUUGAAUCUGUUCUUCAUCUUUACUCCCUAUAAUGCUGAAAUCCUUUGCAAUCCUUGCCCCAGGACUCACCACAUGUUGGGGAAGGAGUUCACCUCCUCUGACCAUUUUGGAGCAUGUCUUUCCUCUGUGUUACAGAACUUCAGUCUGCCAACCCUGGUUUUGCCACGAAUGCAGCGUCUUGUCACCUUUUAACAUGCAAAGCAAGCUCCAGAUCUGAAGCUAGAAGGAUCAUUCCAGACUCUGGCAGUCGCCUCCAAGCGUCCCCAACCAGGGAGAAGAAAAGGAGCUUCAUUCUCCUUUUGCAUUAAACAUUCCACCCCUGAGUCAUGCUGGCGCCUGUUGCAGAGCACGGUUCUAUGCCACACAAAAGCCAAUUAUAGUGCCACAUUCAGCUUAGAGAAACGAGUCCAGUGUGCUGCAGAUAUGGGGAAAUGGCACCAGAAUGCAUAUCUACCACCUGCCUUGAAGCAAUGAAGCUGUCUUUUUCAGGGGCAGAUUAUAGGGGAUUGGAGCUCACAACCAAGUGUUCAGGAUAUGGGGGUGUAUUUUAAUCAGUUGUUCACAGCUGCUACCACCAUUCAUGGAGAGUGGUGGAUACAAAUAAAUACAGGAGCAUGCACAGUCUUCAUCACCAGGUUUGUUAAAAAGAUUCUAGUUUCUGUCCUAGGUGCCUCUGCUUUGAAAGAUGUUAGGUAGCAGGGAAUGAGAAGGGGCUAUGCCUGAAACCCUUGGAGAAUCACUUCUGGUCAGAGAGUAGGCAGGGAUAGGUUAUAUCAAGGAAAAGGUAUACUGUAAAAGGUAAAGGACCCCUGGAUGAUUAAGUCCAGCCAAAGGCAACUAUGGGGUCGCGGCGCUCAUCUCACUUUCAGGCCGAGGGAGCUGGCAUUUGUCCACAGGCUGGUUUCCGGGUCAUUUCUGGCGCAACGGAACACCGUGACGAGUGCCAGAGUGCAUGGAAAUGCCAUUUACCUUCCCACCACAGCAGUACCUAUUUAUCUAUUUGCCCUGGCAUGCUUUUGAACUGCUGGGUUUCCAGUUGCCAUAUCAGGGAUGGGGAGGCUAUGACCCUCCUACUAGUCCACAACUCUCAUCAUCACUGGUAGACCAUCCUGUUUUGGGCUGAUGAGUCCAACAACAUAUUGGAGGGACACAUCCCUGAGCUAUAUAGCAGCCUGGCACGUUAUAAAGCAGCUCCUUUUUUUUUGCACCUUUUUUUCAGCCUGUGUUUAGCACGGGGUGUCCCAUCUUUCCUCGUAUCCCUUGCAUUUUUGACAUUUCAUUCUCUCUUGUUUCCGCCUUCCAUAUUGUGGUGGUAAGGUAUGUAUGUGUCACCCCUGUCUCUCACGUUAAGCUAGUCCUGGUUCAUAUUCCCUCUGUUGUUGCCAUGACUGAAUUCAGCCCCAAUCUGCAGCACCCACAGAACAUGACUGGGUUGCAAUUCACUGAGCAUAUUCCUGUACCUACCUGUAAGAGCAGGAACCUCAGGGGCCCAGUCAAGGAUUUGGAGGGGAUCUUUUAUGUUCUUAGACAGGGCAUGUGACUGGAAAAACAGUGAAAGAGGAAUGCACAUUUGGAUGUGUCUAAUUACUGAGCCAGGCCAGUAAUCAACAAGUCUCCUACCCAGGAGGCACUGGACUCGCACAGCUGCUGCUAUGAAUUAGAGCAAAGAACACUGUGCGCUCCAGCCCAUCAAGUGAUCUCAUACAGAGGAGACGUUGUCACAGCCCAGAUUACAACUCUGUGACUGGGGUUGGGAUUGCCAGAAGAGGCAGGGGAAAGUAUGCGUACAUGUUUAGCAGCCAGCACAUCACUCAGCCUUGGAAUCGGCCCAUGCACAUCCCUCUAGAGGCACCUGGCCUAGCCAUGCAGGCUUGGACACUGGCUGAACUGUUGACUCACAUAAAAGCAGGAGUGUCAGUGUGUGGGAGCAGAAGGAAGUGUAUUGCUAGGUGUGAAAGCAGCCAAAAAUAGGCCAAGGAGGGGAAAACCUUCCUGAUCAUUCAAAGUCAACAUAAGAAGGCACUUUGUCAGUAGCUGAUCCUUUGCUAACUCCAGCCUAGUGCUGUAGCCAUAGUAUGUGUGUCCAUCCCUGUCUCUUCCUCUCUUUGCUAGCCUCUGUGACCCACCCAGAUAUAUUUUGGACCUCUGCCCUGAAUUUCCAGCUUUCAUUUACUAAAGUUUGUGUCUGCCUUAGGUGGCUGCAAGAGGCCACUGAUUUUCGCAAUGAUGUGGGGGGGGGGGGGAAACCUGUGAAAUUGUGCCUGGAUAGGUGGCACCCCAAACCCUAUUUGGAAUGCAAAUUGCCCCUCUCACUGGUCAUCGGAUGGAUUAUCUGAGCGGGAUUAAUCCUUCAUCAAUUUAAUCUCCACUGAUAAUAACUGAGGCAGGGUAGCUGCAUGCCUUUGUACCUGUCUCCAUGUGUGUGCACAUGCAUGUAUGUGAGAGUGUGAAAUGGCCACAUGCACCACUAGCAUGUGGGGUCUAGUUAAGAGUGAAUGUGGCUGUCAGGCCAAAAAAUAUUAGCCACCCUUGCAAUAGCUUUUUAAAUUUUAAUCACAGACUGAUAAGGGGAAAUGUUCAGCCAAGAAGGCAUGCGCAUUUCGCCUCCCCCACACCUUCCCUGAUGGGCUUGUACUGUGCUUACCAGGUUCUUGUGGUGGGCAGGAAUCUCGGGGGCCCACGGCAUUAGACAUUAUUGAGAAGAAAGCCCUAAAUGUGUAGAGCUAUAUGUCCUCCAAGUGACAGUGAUCCCUGAUCAGCAAAGUCUCCAACCAAUGGAGGAGCCCUAAGUAUGUACAUACAGUGUCCCGACAGCAAGCAGAGUCUACAGAUAUCAGCAGGUAGCUUAGCCAUGCAGGUGGCAGGUAGGGUCAGAUGGGUGUUGCAGGACCUUGGGUAGCUCCAAGCAAAUAACUUGCUCUCCUUCCCAAGCUCUAAAUGUAAAGGUAAAGGACCCCUGACAGUUAAGUCCAGUCGCAAACGACUUUAGGGUUCCGAUGCUCAUCUUGCUUUACUGGCUGAGGGAGCCGACAUUUGUCCACAGACAGUUUUUCUGGGUCAUGCGGCCAGCAUGACUAAGCCUCUUCUGGCGAAACCAGAGCAGCACGCGGAAAUGCCUAUUUAUCUACUUUCAACGUGCUUUCGAACUGCUAGGUUGGCAGGAGCUGGGACCAAGCAACGGGAGCUCACCCCAUCACAGGGAUUCGAACUGCCAACCUUCCAAUCGGCAAGCCCUAGGCUCAGUGGUGUAGACCACGGCACCACCUAGGCUCUACCCCUUCUUGAAGUGGAGAGUCUCAGUGCUCAUCCCCAUGUUUCUAGACACAGGCCCAAGCUUGAAAGCUCUGUGUCCGAGUGCUUUCCUACCUGCCUGUGCUUUCCCCACAAAAACCUGCUCUUUACUGCUGUUUGUUCCAAUUUAACAUUAAAGAGUGGGGGAAAUGGUGGGGUGAAAAAGAAAAAGAAAGGUGCUCGGACACAGAAAAACUACAGAUGAAGAACUGAGUGGAAUGCAGGGGGCCUGUGCAGGAAGCCUUAAAUACCUUGGGAACAGACCUGAAGGAAGCCUAUGUUCUCCAUCAGUCCCACCCUCAAAGGGAGCCAUGCCUCCAAGCCUGUGUGCUAUUGACCAAUCCGCAGGCAGGUUUGGAUCCACUUUCUGGCUGGUGAGGUGAAUGUUAAGCCUCCUCGCUGGCCAGGCAGCCUGCAGCACCACAGAACCGGAUAAAGCUGGCUUACCUUCUGCCCCACACUUUCUAGGCCCUGGUAUUAUCAUCAACUGAGGCCCUUCUCCAUGUGCCUCUUCCAUGUGAGAGGUCUAGAGAGUGGCAACAGGAGAACGGGCCUUUUCUGUGUUGGCCUCCCUGUUUGUGGAAUGCUCUUCCCAGGGAGGCUCGCCUGGCGUCUCCAUUAUAUAUCUUUAGGUGCCAGGCGAAAACAUUUCAACAUUCUAUGGCUUUUAAAUGUGUUUGUGGGAGGGGGUUUGUUGCUUUGUUUCUGUUUUUGUUUUAUCAUGUGUUUUGUAUUCUCAUUUUGUAUUUUUCUGUUGUGAACUGCCCUGUGAUGAAGGGUGGUAUGCAAAUUUAAUAAAUAAUAACAAUCAUAAGGGUGAGGCAGCGGGUGGACUGCAUGCUGUGAUGGAAAAGUUGGUUUUUGCUGGGCAGGUUGGUUCACCAAGUGUUUUCAUUUUCUUUUUUCCCUGCCAGCAAACUGUUAAUGAAAGGCAGCUUCUGAUUGGCCAGGGUUCCAGGAGGGAGAGUUGAAAAGGAGAGACAGUUUUUAGGUUGGGAGUGAGAGUUGGUUCUGGGUAGAAACAUCUACUCUGAGGAAUAUAUCAGAAGCUAGCGAAAGGAGUCUCUGAGCUUAGUGUGAAGGAUAGUGUGUGAUGUCCUGUAAGAGUAAUAAGCCAGGAAUUAACUGGGAGGCUGAGCCAGGAUAAGUAGAAGCUGUGAGAAUACAGUCUACUUAGGACUCAUUCCAGUCAGAAGGGGAGAGAUUCUUCUACAUUGAGAAGACUUCCAAACCAGUGAAGAGGGGUGUGGUGAUCCCUUGGGUCUGUUACUUGGAGUACCUCAGGAGUAGGGUUGUCAAAGGGGUGUGUAACUGACAGGAAGUACCACCUUGUUUAAGAAACAAAGUAUUAAGCAGCAACAGCUGUGCAAUAACUGAGAAAGAGCAGAAGUGAAAUAACACUAGUAUCUGAAAUAUCUUUUGUUUUACCCACUUUGUGUCGUACGCUUCCUAUCUUUAAUAAAAUCUUUCUUGUUUAUUUGACCAAAUCCUGCCUAAGACAACAAAUUAUUAAAUUUUCUCUCACACAAGUCCCCCAUAAGAUAAUCUUGGGUAGUUUGUAGGAAUUCGGGUAAUUGGUGUUCUGUGAGGUGGGUGCGCUAUAUUUAAGUGAGGGCAGGCCCAACGGCACCAGGGGGGAAAUACUGUCGCGCCAUCGCACAUACAAGCUCUGCACUGCCUGAAAUGGCAGCAUGGGGCUUGCGUCUGCCUGCUGCCUCCCCCUCAGCCACCCUAUGGCUGAGGGGGAGGCAGUGGGCAGACUCCUUGGAGGCUCUGCGCAGCGUGCCCUGCCCUGGCUCACCCCGCCCUGUUGGUGGCUUGCCCCACCCUCGGGUGCAGGGCAGACACCGCCCCAGGUGCCCAAGCAGCUGGCUACACCGCUGCUUAGUUCCCCAAAUUAUGCACAGCCAACAGGGCAUGGCCAAUAGCAACAAGCUCACACUGCCCCCUCACACAUUAACCAAAUGGAAUGCCUCUUCUAUCUCUAUGAAGAAGUCCUUGAUUGCCCCCACUCUGGCCUCUGUUUUCUGUAGGCCAUUGUUUGAAUUUGCAUGAACAUAUUUAGCAGCAGAAAUGCUGAGUCAUCGAACCACAGUUGUACGAUUUGGCUGAUGCUAAAGUCUUUAUUUCAUAUCUUUUAUUUGUUGCUUGCAUUUUAAGAGGAUGAAGAAACUAGAUUUGGUAAGUUUCAGUACUUUGUCUCCUUUUUGCACUUUUAAAAGGGCAUGCUAGUUUGGUGCUGUAGAAAGGUAGCAGAUAGUUAAAUUUGUUGUUUUAAAGAUUUGUUUGCUGAGAGGUGAAAGGACAGGUGUUUGUAGGCUUUUUAUUUAUUUAUUUUGCCUUAGGUGCCAAAAUAACUUGGUUGAUCUUGGGUGCAAUGCAUCUUGACAAUUUUUGCAGGUGCUGCCCUAUCUCAGACAGCAACAUUCAUUGAGAAUUAUUACCCAUCUGGCUAGGUUUCCCCAAUUUAAAAAUAUAAAAACAUAGUAAAACAUCAAACACUAAAAACUUUACAAUACAGGGCUGCCUUCAGAUAAUGCUAUGACUACUGAUCAUGGUGGCUAUAUAUGAUGUGAUCUGUCUCUGAAUAGCAGUUGCUAGGGAGCAACAGUGGUGAAAGAAUAUUGCCCUUGUGUUUUGCUUGUGGUCUUCCCGUAGGUGUCUGCAAUGGAGGCUAGUUCAUUAAGGCGAAUGGUUCACUUUCCCACUCACUUCAGUCCACUCACAGCCAAUCUUCACUUGCUGACCUCCUUAAUUACAACUAGUCCAGAGGUGGCACUGCCUGUCAGAGCCCUCCUUCUAAGACUUUAAUGUUGCCCUUGUAGAACUCAGCAGAAAGGAGGAUGGGGACAAACCUAGAAUUAGCUGGCUCUACCUGUCAUUGCCUCUGCCUCUACCUGUUGUUGGAUCUUUCACCCCUCCAGGCCCAGUGGGCCCCAGCCACCAAUAGGUACCUGACUUGACGACUGUGGGGAAACAGGAUGCUAAGCAAGACACACCUUCAGUUUGAUCUUACCAUAGGUACUUAGGUGCCAGCUCUGAGCCUACAGAGCACAGUUUCGCCUAAGUCACAUGCGAUAGGGAGAAAAGUUUAUGGAAGGUAUAUAAAUGGACUUUGCUUAAGCAUUAGCUCAUAUGGUAUGAGAGUGUCCUUGAGCUUGUUCACAAGCUUUUUCAACAACAGUGAUUGGCUCGGCUAAAUAGCAGCCCAUUAAACCUUUGCAGUAAAUAAAUGCAGUUAAUGGUUGUGCUGUAGGUGAUUUGCAAAUGUAAGGAGCACACUUUUUAAUGUUAAAUUUUUAUGUGUUUUCCUCUAAGCUGCCUUGAGGGAAAAUAUUAUUAGAGUAGUAGAUCAACUUUAACAUCAAUUAGUGAAAUAGGUUAAAUAAUUUAGGGUUUAAAGCAAGAUUAACCACUGUCCACAGGGCAUUUUAGGCUACACAGGGAAAGGCUACUUGAAGUGGCCAGACAGCAGCUCACUCAAACCUACCUCUUAGAGAUGAAUGUUAAGGAAAGCAGAUAGGAUGUGCCCUCUAACAGUUUCCACUUAAGAUAGUUAAGAGAGUAAAGCAUGAAUGGACUGUAAUUCUAAUUCAAGCCCUUAAACCCAUAAAUUUCCACCCACCCUUGUGGCCAAUAGCACCUUUGGGGGAGGGCGUGAUAAUAGAUUGAGGCUGUGGCAUCCUUUGCCUGCACUGUGGCCCUAAUCCGAAUCCCCCUCCUCCCACAGCUGCUUUUUGAGAAAGAAGCUCCAAAUAUGGAGCUCCCAGGUCACAUCUAGUUUGAUACUGCAGACAGGUUUUGGCAGAGCCCAACAUAACUGCAGAGGUGAUACUUAUUCAUCUUCUCACCUUUCUCUAGCAGACUUGAUUUUCUGUCUCCUACUCCGCCCUCCCUUGCUUUCAGACUUAUCUCAUGACUGGGAUGUUUGGGGCUAUGCAUGGACCUAGAAAGCUAAAAUUUGGUUGUCAGGAAGGGGAGUGCCCUCUCAGUUCCAGAAGUGGCUAAAGUACCCUCUCAGAGAAGUGGCUAGCUUAACCUGUUGUGGCAAAACCAGAGUAUCUACAAAUGCAAUAUAAAACAUAGCUAACAUAAUCUGAGAGUAGUAAAACUCGUCAGCCAGUUAACUUUCCAGGGGUUGCUGGUUGCUUCCUAAAGAAAUAUCCAACUAUAUCAUACUCAGAGAAGACUGAAAUUAAAGAAGUCUAUUGAUUUCAGCGGGUUUCUUGAAGCCUAACCAUGUCUACUCAGAAGUUGGUCCCAUUGAAUUCAGUGGGGCUUACACCCAAGUAAAUGAGGUUAAGAUUUCAGCCCUUGCUGAUACAAUGCAGGGGAAAGGCCAUACCUCAAAUUACACCCUCAGCAUCUCCACCUAGGGCUGGGAGAGAUUCCCUGUCCCUGAAAACCUGGAGACCUGCUACUGGUCUGUAGACAUACUGAGUUGGACCACUUAGUCAGGCUCAGUACAAAGCCGUUUCCUGUCUUCCUGAAGUCACACGCUCCCACUUCAUUCUGUUUGUAUUGUUUAUGCUUUUACUUUGUUUAUAUUUGAUGUUUUAUUAUUUUUAAUUUGUAUGUUAUCUGCUUUAUAAAUAAACUCAAAGAAAAGCAGAACAUAGACAUCACUGUUGCUAUUAUUCCCCUCUGCCAACACGAUGGCCUUGAUCCAAUUUGGGGUCUUUCUGCUGUUGCUUUUUAAGUAAAGAAAAUGACUAUUGGGAGAUCCUUUCACAUAUAUCUGACUAGGCCCUCAGGCAGACACUGCAGCAGAUAGCAGUCGUUUUUCUGGCAAUAAUGAGCCUCUUCCGGCUAACUAAGCUUUAUUCACCUUGGCAACCUGGUCUUUUGGAAUUACCCAAUGUGCCUUUUAUGUAAACUUUCCCCAGUCUCUCCCCGGCCCCAUGCCCAAGUCACCUAUGGCAAGCAGUUUGCCUACCUGGAGUGCAGCCAGGACAUCUGUUCUACAACAGCACGUAUAUCAGUUCCAGAAGUGGUACACACUCAGACAAAGGAGAGAAUUUUACAUUGUUUGGAGAUUAUUUACCCUCCAAUAGCUGAGCACUCAAUACCAAACACCAUUAUGCUGGGUUGAAUGUGAAAGAUGAAUAGGGUGAGUUUCAGAUGAUGCCAGCUAAUCACAGCUUGGUUUUGAGGGAGGGAGCAGUUGCCUUCUAUUUUUUUGUUAUGGGGAUGGAAAAUCAGGGAUGAGACAUUCAAUGCAGGACAAGGUCCCCUUCUCCUCUUAAUAUUUGCACUGAAGAGAUUUUCUCAGCAGGCAGUUUCUCUUUCAUUAUAGUGCUGCUGUAGGGUUGCCAACUUCCCCACCCCUUUGCCCCUUGCAGAGCUCCUAUGCACAAACAGCUGGAUGAGAGCUGAAACGUAACAGCUGAAGCUUUUUCCAAUACGAAACUACUAGCGAUGGAUGGUACAAUUCUGAGCUGUUGAAUCUCUGCCUGUCAUGUGACUAUUAAAGGCACAUGAGACCUAUGGGGCAGGGGGUGGGGUGGGGAGCUGGCAAUCCAAUACAGCAAAGGUAGAAGAAGCUGCCCUUCCUAGUAAUCUCUUUUCUACAAAAAUUUAAGGCACACAGCUGCACCCCCUUUUGAAUCUAAUAAUCAUAUGGAAAAGAUCAUAGUCCUAGGCACACUUCCUUGAUAGUAAGUUUUAUUGACAGCAUGUGGGAUUUUCUUCCAAGCAAUGCAUUUAUUAUUUGGGUGAAAGCUUGAUUGGGUUAAUAAAUCCCUAAACCCACCAUUUAUUUGCAGAAUAGUUUCCUUCUUUCUAUUUGAGGGUAAUUUCAGGGUGUGAGUCAGAAGUGUAUUCUGGGAUGCCUUUAAACUUUAAAGUGUUGGAUAUUCUUUUAUAGAAACAUAGGAAAUUGCCUUACACCGAGUUUCUAGGUUUUCAGACGAGUCUUUCUCCAGUCCUACCUGAAGAUGCUGGGGAUUGAAUCCACAGAGCAUCUUGGCUAUGGUGCUGCUCAACCCCACUUUUCAUCCAAUUGCUUAGCAGCUAAAUAGUUUAAUCCUUGAAGUGCCACAUAUCAAAUGGGAAGAUAUUGCCCUAAUCCAGACUGUUUUAUUUUUUCAAGUAUCAUGGGACCAUAGUUUUGGCAGCCAAGGUUAUCAUUCAUGUGUCUGCAUUUGCUCAUGUUUAAGCCAAAAAGACAUGGGGCAUCAGUAGAGAUGUGUGGGUGAGGGAGGCUGAACCCUUCCCCACUCCAUUCCCUACUUGUUAUGUCAAUAAGGCAGACGUGAGAAUAAAAAAAAAAGUCUGCCCUCCUUGUGUCUAAUUUGGUUCUGUCUUGUCCUGAUGGCCUGUCUUUCCUCUGCUCUCUCAGGUGCUUUCUCACAACCUGUACACCGUGCUGUGCAUCCCUCAUGAUCCUGUGGCACUGGAGGAACACUUCAAGGACGAUGACGAUGGGCCAGUAUCAAGUCAAGGGUAUAUGCCAUAUCUCAACAAAUACAUCCUGGACAAGGUAAGCCCAUUUCCCCUUGAAGUUCCUUCUUCUUAGAUCAGGGAUGGGGAACUUAGGGCCCUACAAGUGUCUAGGCAGUAUCAAACACAGGACGGGAAAGGAACAGUUUUCCUAGUUUCCAGCAGGAGCAACUGUGCACACUGAUGAUUGGCUGGUGAUUUGAGAUGUAACAGGAAGAACCAUAGCUGUCAACAUUUCCUUUUUUUUAAGGGGAAUUCCCUUAUUCCGAAUAGGAUUCCUCGCAAGAAAAGGGAAAAGUUAACAGCUAUGGGAAGAACAUAGGAAGCUGUUUUAUACCAAGUGGGACCAUUAGUCAAUCUAGCUCUAUAAUGUCUACACUGAUUGGCAGCAGCUCUCCAAAGUCUCAGGCAGGAGUCUUUCCUAACCCUAUUUGGAGAUGCUGGCGAUGGAACUUGGGAACCUUCUUUCUGCUAAGCAGAUGGUCUAUCAUUCAGCUGCAGCUGUGCCUUGUCCACCUCCCACCCCACCCCCAAAGCAGUUUUUCAAUUUAAAAUCCCCCACUGACUGAGUUUGGCUUUUUUUAAAAAAAAUGUAAAUAAGACACCGAACAAUUGUUUAAGUGGAUCAACUUACUUGGAGCACUCCCCUGAGUGGGGAAAAGAGUAAUAAUAAUAAUAAUAAUAAUAAUUUAUUAUUAUUUGUACCCCGCCCAUCUGGCUGGGUUUCCCCAGCCACUCUGGGCGGCUUCCACAAAGACCAAAAAUACACUAAUAUGUCAUACAUUAAAAACUUCCCUGAACAGGGCAAAAAGGAAGAGGCAACCCACAUUUUAUGUGAAUGGGUAGAGGGGCAAAAAGGAAGAGGCAACCCACAUUUUACGUGAAAGCUGUGUAUGACGUGUGAGGCACAAAGGAGGAAGGAAGCAGAAAUAGGAUGUCACCCCUUCCAAGUGUGGUCAGAUUUGUGCUACUUGGAGGAUUUUCAGUUAAUCAUAGUUUCUUGAGUACCUCCCAGGCUUUCAAGGAAGGAAGCUGUUAAUCCUGAUUUUCAUAUUCAUGAGCACUUUAUAUAGAGGGACUGUGAAGCAGUAUCAAAGCCCCUUGCAUGGAAUACUUGGCUUUGGUGGGUUCAGAGCAUUUCAGUGUGAAUGGAAUCCUACUUAAGGUUGAGAAAACGGGACAGCAAACAGGUGCAGGUUUGCUGCUUCUCUUCCUCUCCCCACAACCCACCAUCAAGCCCUGGGGAAUGUGCAAAUCUGUGUCAAUGAGAUUCAAAUGAAUUUUAAAAGUCUGCUGGCAAAAACCCCAUCUUAAAGAUCUGUUUGGAUGCUUGUUAGGAAGAGAAGAUUUUAAAAUAAGAAACUGGAUUCCUAAAGCCUGAUUUUUCUCUCUGGUUCUCUGUAUUUCAAAGGCAUCUUUGUUCCUUGAAGGGGAAUGUUAUGAGCUGUCUUCUCCAGGCUUAGACACACACACACACACACACAGAGAGAGAGAGAGAGAGAGAGAGAGAGAGAGAGAGAUCCAUGGCAGCUUCAUAGGGUUGUUCCUGCCAUGUGGCAAGUUGAGUUUUUUGGAUAAGGAGGUGGAGUCCGAGGGUGGCAGAACAAGCAAGGGCUUGCUGCCUCUCCACUUCUGUUGCCCACUACUUUCCCACUGCAGCUGCCACCAGCCACUUUACACAAACACACACCAAUCUUGCCAGCCAUAGAGCAACUUGAAGCCUAGACACACCAUGAGCCAUUUUGCUAUGGUGGCAAAAACUGUUCAAAAGUUUCACUGUUAAACCACAACUCAGGGGUGGGGGGAACCUGUGGCCUUCCAGGCCUCGUUGGACUACAACUCCUAUCAUCCCUGACCAACAGCCCUGUUGGCUGCCGGUGAUGGGAGUUGGGGUUUAACAAAAGCUAGAAGGCCACCAGUUCCCCAUUCCUGCUUUAAACAGUAUUUGCCAUCACAGCAAAGUGGUGGCAGCACUCAGCAUUCUGAAGGCUCCCUCUCGGUUUUUCUGGUCCCCCUAAUGCCUGAUUUUCUGAUGAAGGACAUUAGCAUCCUUCCUCAAUUGUGCUACACCGUGAUGACUGGUUGUGGGAGAGGGGGGCAGGUAGGAAGAAGAAGGGGAGGAGCAGCGAGCAUGUGAGCCCUUUUGUUAUAUACAACUCUUGAGCACAAAACUCUUCCUUGUAAGGUAAGGUUGUAGCCUUCCAGUUGCUAGGCUCCACCUCUCAUCAGGGAAUUGGGAGUUGUGGUCCAGCAGCAUCUGCAGGGGCCCUUGUUCUACAUUCCUGCUGUAAGGGAAUUCAGGAGUGCUCAAAUUACAGGGGCCCAGUGCCCUUGCCUUUUGGGAUGACAUACUUAAGUUGCAGUGCAAAGCACACCUAGGAGGGAGUACACCCCAUUGAGUAGAUUUGAGGAAGCCAGUUUAGGAUUCCACUGUUUUUUUAUUGUUUUUAGAAGGCUUUGAGGGGCAUGCUUUGGUGCAGUCCUGGGGUGGAGUUUGUGAAUGUCAUUAGGGGUCCACUCCCUCCCUCCCUCCCCCCCCCACUCCACAUUAUUGAGUAGGCCUGACUUGCACUGCAACCACAAGCCUAACAGAAUAAUCUUGCCUCAAGGUGGGAAUGCAGUCUGAGAAUACUCUUUCUGUUAAUUUGGAUAUCUCCUCCAAUUAGCAGGAAACAUGCUACCUUCUCCAGUGACUCACCACCCAGCAGCAGCCGAAACAGCUCAAGUGUGAAAUGAUUAAGGAAACAAACUCAUGCAUAUAGAGAACAUGCUGUUUUGAAAUAAAUGAUCUGAUUAUCAUGUCGCUCUCUAUCAGUUGUGAAGACAUGCUGUUUUGAGUCAAGCACGGGUUGGGGGACGGAUUUGCCCUCAGGAAAGCCCUUUUACCCUAGUGUAAAAGGUCACAAAUAUGCCUACAGAAGAUCCAGGUGGUUUGCAUUGGCUUCAUAGCUAUGGAUUUUAGUCAAUGCUGGACCUACUCAGAGUAGACCCAUUGAAACUAAUGAACCUAAGUCCAUUAGCAUUGAAAACACCCCUAUGUGUGCCUUAUGUUUCUCUUGGCAUAGCAGGGAAUCUCAGAUCUUGACAUACAAUCAGGUUUUGUUUCAGAACGAACACGUUUCUCCUUUCCAACUAUCACACACUCCAGUCUUUGCCAAUGCACUCCCAAAAUUCUGUGAAAUUAAAAUUCCAAGGCUUGUAGGUCAGGUUAAUGUAUAUGAAUUUGCUAAACACACUCAAACUAGCUUCAUUAAUUAUGAGUAGAUGGGAGGGGUAUAAACAAUAAAAUAAUAAAUUAUUAUUAUUAUUAGAGAAUUCUGGAUUUUCAAGGUGAAUAACUUAGGCUUUGUUUUUCUUUUUCAACAAAGAUAAAUGGUACAAUUUAUCAAGUUGGACCCCUGUAAUCUGGGCACUUCUGAAUUCCCUUACAACCAAGUACACAGAACACACUCAGAACAUAUUCCUAAUCUGUAUCAUCUUGUAUGUGGCUGCUUUUCUCUGCAUCUUCUGGAUUUUGAUGCACUGGCACGAUUAGGACACAUCAACAGAGUGCUGAUUUUGAAAACUGGAUGCACUUUACCCUGUGCAUCCUGUUUUCUGUAAUCUACAUGGUCUAGAGGUUUCAAUCCUGAUUUGCCCCCCAGAGCUAGCAGGUGGUGCUUUCUGCAUAGUUAGACUUUUGCUUAGUGGCAUAUUUGUGACCUGAAGCAAAAAGGUAGCUACUUUUGCCAGGGAAUUUUCUGAUAAUGCACAAGUGUUCCAACUUGGAAAUCUAGACAGCUUUUACGUGGAUGUAGUCUUAAGACUCUCCCAAAUAACAGGCACACUUUGCAGGACUGUAAGAUACCAGAAAGGCCUAGUUGGCAAUGCUAGGCUUCAGGCUUUAAAACUUAAGGUUUAAAUUCAGAGAGAAUUUAGACUCUUUUAUUUGCAGAACAUGGUUUACGUGUCAGCUGUGCAUUAUGCAGGGAGCUCUGGACUCUUUCGUGCCUUGGAUAAAGCACAAGCUUGAGUCAUGGGGCAUGUGCUGAAUUCCUGGCUGGCUGCCACUCGCUGCCCACUCCAAAUGAUCUGAAUGCCAAUUUAUAUGCAGGCAACCCCAGCUACAAAUCACAAGGAUGAUCAUAGCUGUUUCAUUAUCCUUUUGGUCCCCAUUAACUAGUGGCAGAACUGGCACAUCUGCCUAGUGUUAUCUUGGCAUGGUAACCUUUUGCUGGAUGAAAACUGUGAAACAGUAGUUUAGAGACUAGCUAUGGAAGAUGGCCAGAUAACUAACACACACACACACACACACACACACACACACACACACUCCUGUUUAAAGAGCCAGGGAACAAUUGUGUAUCACUUCCCUUACUGCAUAGUACUUUUUGAAGCUUGAUGCAAUUGCACAGGGGAAGCAAAUGGAGUGCUGGUGGCUAACAGACUGGGCUAUGAAUCGGUAUUUCCCUAGUUCAAAUGUCAUCUCUGCCAUGAACUCGCUAAGUGGCCUUGGGCAAGCCAGUCUCUCUCAGCCUCAAUCUCUCCCAACCACCUUUCUCCUCUACCACAUGGGAGAUGAUAAUAUUGAUGAUUCACAAGCCACUGGUUGGCUACUGUGAGAACAGGAUGCUCGCUGAGAAGGUCACUGUCCUGAUCCAGCAGGCUCUUUUUGUGUCCUCACACUAUCUUAGUCAACGUCAUGGUUCCCUUGAACUUUGGGGAAUUGUUGCAUGUGUUCAUCUGAGCUAUGACUAGUAUCUAAAAUUCUUAUGAGUAGGUGAAAUAGUAUGUUGUAAUUGAAAAUUAACAGAAAUGCAAAAGUGUUUUUUUUAAAAAAAGAGAACAAUGACAAAAGUUAAAAGACUAAUUAAUCUGUAUUAUCUGAGUCAAUUUACUUGGAUGGUUUCUUGUAAAUGUGUGGUUUAUUCUCCCCAUCUGGCUCUAAAAGCCUCUUUUAUUCCAGGGGUGGGGUUUGGGGGGGGGGGGAGAGAUGGUGGCUGGAUUUUCCAAGUACGGUGGUACCUUGGGUUACAUACUCCGCUAACCCAGAAAUAGUACUUCGGGUUAAGAACUUUGCUUCAGGAUGAGAACAGAAAUCGUGCUCCAGUGGUGCAGCAGCAGAGGGAGACCCCAUUAGCUAAAAUGGUGCUUCAGGUUAAGAACAGUUUCAGGUUAAGAACGGACCUCCGGAACGAAUUAAGUAUUUAACCCGAGGUACCACUGUAGUUCUCCACCAUGGCUGGUGCUCGGAGCCACACUACCAAAGGAGGAAUAUUAUUAUUAAGGUGCAUUAGGACACAUCUGCCAGUGCAGUUUAUAAGUUAGGAGAGAGUGCUCAGAAAACAGAUGAACUAUUUUCUGAAUACUCAGCAAGAAAGUUUGUAAAUGCCAAUACCCCAGCUAAGCAAAAAUGAGUUCAUCCAUUGCUAGUUAGUUAAAGUAACCAGAUGCAAAAGGAUAUUGGACUCUUUUAUCACCAACGGUUGUGCAGAUAAGGACAUUGCAGAAGAAGCAGCUUUUCUCAUCUCUUUAUGAGAGGGAAAUUGCUGGGUCCCUCCCUGACUAGUGUUUUAUGGCAAGUGUGUUUUGCAACAAGUUCUUGACACAAUAAUAGUGAAUGGGAGUGGUGAAUUUAUUCUGUUUUAUUAGCUGUUUUUGCGAUGCUUCCCCAGUACUACCACAUUAUUGCUGUCCUGGGGUGCUAUAGCAAAACAGGAACAGAAAUAAACCAGAACAUUCAUGGUAUAAAAAGUUAUGGGGUUUUAGCAGGAUGUUACAUGAGAUGCACUGAUUGGAAAUGAAGCAGUGUGACACCCCAAAACCUAUGUAGGUGAAAACUGUGAUGAAAGCAGGACUGCCUCAAUAUCAUCACAAGCAUCACAAACAUGAAUGCCUAAGAGAAAGGGCACCUGGAGGGUUCCUAAGCCCAGUGUCUAAAUGGUAUGUCCCUUAGAAAGAGCUAAAACAAGGUGCUUUGAGAUAAUAACUGGCUACCAUCAGAUGCUAAAUAUGUAUAUGCACUCCACUGCCAAAGAUUAAACCGUAGGAGAGUAACCUAUAUAUAUCACACAACUGAAUUUGAGUGGGAGGGGGGAGCCCAGAGGGAGAGAAGGAAGGUGUCAGAGGAAAAAAUGGGGAGUGAGCCAAAACAGAUGUAGCAAUGGAAGGGUGAGUUCAGACCUCUGGAAAGAGCGACCUGUCUUUCCACUGACAGUCUGUUGGAUAGAAAGGAAGAGGUAAAGAGGGGUGCGAGAGAGAAAAGGCUGUAACAUAAAGAGAGAGAAAUAAGAGGGUGUCUCUGGCCCUACCCAUUGCUGGCUUUGACCCUAAUCAUUGCCAGCAUGCACCACCUGACUGGACACCUGAGAGCCAGUGUGGUGUAGUGGUUAGAGUGACCUCCUGUUGCUCUGUCCCAGCUUCUGCCAACCUAGCAGUUUCAAAGCAUACCAGUGCAAAUAGAUAAAUAGGUACCGCUGUGAUGGGAAGGUAAAUGGCAUUUCCAUGUGCUCUGGUACUCAUCACUCCACUCAACCAGUCACUUGAUUAGGCCACUGUAAUUCUGUUGAUGCAGCCUAGAAUUGCAUUAGGUUUGUUGGUUUGCUUGCUGCUGCAUCACACUGUUUGCUCCAGAACACUAGAGCUAUCACUUACGUUUUGUUUGCAGGUAGAAGAAGGUGCUUUUGUCAAGGAGAGUUUUGAUGAGCUUUGCUGGACCUUGACAGCAAAGAAGAAUUACAAGCCAAACCGGAAUGGGAAUAGUGUUGUAUCCCAUGAAGAUGCUUUCAAACUUUGGUGUCUCUUUAACUUCUUAUCCGAAGACAAGUACCCUCUUGUUAUGGUUCCUGAUGAGGUAUGAUUGCUUUUAAGUAACACAAUUUCUUGUUUUGCAGUGCUUUUGAUAAGGGAUGAGUCACACUAUGUAUAUUUUGCAUCGUUAGGGCUUAGCCAUGUGAUUAUAAUCAUUGUCUGAGUCUAGCUAUCAUAGAUUUCUGUAUACAGGCCUGCAGAUCCAAACUAUGCUGCUUCUUGCAUCAUCUGAUCGCUGCUCAAGAUUCCACCCUGUGUGGCCAAGGGAUGAAUAUGGUGAACAAGAAGACGCCCUUUUCUACAUGUUAGCAUGUUGCAUGGCCCUAUGCAAUCUGUGAGAGUUGCUGCUUUAUAGCCCCUGUUUUGGUCGUGCUUACAAAUCUCCUGCACGAUAUAUGAUCUGUUAUACUCAUGCCAAUUGCUCUAUAGAGAGUUCUACCCCAUUCAUGCUUUCGAGUGGUAUUGUUUUUUGAUGCACCCCAAAACAAGCAUUCUUGUAUCUGGAACAUAGGAAGCUGCCUUAUACAGAGUCAAAUCAUUGGAGCAUCAGUAUUGUCCACUGACUGCCAAUGAUUCCCCCAGAUUUUGGGUGUGAGUGUCCUGGCCCUGCUAGAUGAAGAACUGGAACUGCAGACUCUUGUUUCUGCCAAAGGCUUUACUGCAAAAGUCAAAACAGUGCAUGGACCAGGCUCAGGUUACAAGGAGCCAGAGAGAUACAUAGGCAUGGCCAGGCACAAGCUAAGAUGUUGACCCACAAGCAACAUGCCUCCUGCAUCUUUCUUAUAAAAGGAUGGGGCAGGCAUAGCAGUUAGUGCAAGCAGCCAAAGUCUCAGGGCUAGGCAAAUGAACAUGCACUCCUCCAAGUUAGGCGUGGGAGGUCUACUUGUGUUAGAGCUGGCAUCUCCUUGUUCUUGGAAGCACUGUCAAUGUGUGCUCAGCAUCAGAUUUAUACUCUGUUGCCUCCUUAAAAGCAGGAGGCUCUGCGCUGACAGGAGGAAGCACCUGAAUAGCAAUAUCAUAUCUCAUUGGGGUUGAAUUCUCCUCUGUUAAGCCACCUGGCCCCUCCCCUGGAUCAGAUUCCCAGCUCCCCUUCCCCUCCCUGAUGUUGGACACCUGACAGGGAUUCCCUGGAAUUUCUCCUGUCCCACUGGGGCCCUCCCCAGAGUUAUCUAACUGCAGCUCCCUGAUCUCCUCCUGCUGCUUCUCAGGAUCCAACCAACCCUCCAUGACAGCUCCAUGGGGCUCUGGCUGGUACUUACCAUCCCUUGUCCUGGAUAUAGCAGGGACUGAACAUGGGACCUUUGGCCUGGAAAUGAUGUGCUCUACCACUAAUCUAUGGCCCUUCCCAAAAUGCUGUAUUUCACUUCUGUUUCUCAGUGUCCCAAUAGCAAUUUUCAUCUGCUUCCCUUACAUCCAUGCUUCUCCUAAAACUGCAGGUGCUUUGGGUUUCAUAAAUGUUGAAUUUGCACAGUUGCACUCAUACAUGCAAUCACACCUGAUACAUUUUCUUUAUUUUUCCACGCACACAAAUGGAGAUGGCCUGGAGAUGGCCUCAGGCAGGGUGGGGCAGGGAAAUAUUUUUUGGGGGUGGGGGAAUAAGAUUCUGUGAGGUGGUUGGAUUCUGGGUUAACACUGUGGCUGUGUUUAGCUUCUGCUGGGAGGAGACUAGCCAACAUACGGACAAGGCGUCUACAUGAAUGCAUGCAAAAGGGUAGUGCCACAGACUCAACGUUAAAAAAGAACAACCCCAAACCAAACAAGCCAGCUUGGAGGCGGAGAGAAACAACGGCCAGGAAAUGGGAUAGCGUGUGACUUUCAUUUAGGCCAGUCAGGCAGAAACAUGCAUGUCUAAUUAAUGUCAUCCGUCCUUUAGAGUGAGAGUGAAAACCCAGUUCAUGUGUGCAGUGAGAGGAUGCGGGCUGCUCCUCAUGCUGCUUUCUGUUGUAGACUGAAAAACUGCAGGUCUGGACACACCCAUUCUUGAAACACGUUGAGAUACGAAUCUGGAACAUGUUGGCUCCACCCAAAGGGUUAAUUGCAAUAAAGAAAUGCUGUUCAGUCUAGCAGAGCCAGUAAUAACAGCAAUAAUCUCUAAAUUCCACAAGACAUGUUGUUGGAGGGAAGGAGAUUUCCUUUGCUCCUUAGUACAGAGGCAAAAUCUCAGUCAGGUGGUUUGUAAAUCUAAAGACCAGAAACUAAACCCUGACUCACAUUGGUCCCAAAGCCAAUAAAGACCUAGCCAGAAAAUAAUCUCAUAUAGUUUCCAGGAGUUUCCACUGCAUCUAGCUCAUCAGCUGAUGUCAGGUGUGAUGACAACCAUCAAGCUUUUCUCUCCCCUGUGUCUGACACUCUUGCUCCAUCCCCCUUAUAGUUCAGCAGAAAAGGCCCUGUGUGCACAUGCAGUCAUCAGCUACGCUUCCUGUUUCCUACCAAGGCAUUUCCUGUUCAGCUCUUGAAAAAGCAUGCUGUCUUUCUAACUCCACCAACAGUGGAGUUGAGCAUCCGCUAGCGUGCAUUUGUUUUUAAAGAAUUUGGUGGUUUUGUGUAAGAAUCCACAAUGGAUGAGGAUUUUUGAUUUUUAAAUCUAGCAUUGGCAUCUGGCUUCUGAGUAAAUAGUCAAAAUAAACAAUAAAUCCUAGGAGAUGCUGCAAACUUCUGUGCAUCCCAUUGAUUUCUGUGGGACUUCACACCUAGGGAAGUAACUACGAGAUUUCAGCCUUCAGGUGUAUUUAGAUACCUUUUCAUACCACAGGUAGUGGCAGCUGUGGCUAAUAACUAUGGGGACUAGUAGAGUGGAAUGCAGAAAGGCCAAAGUAGACAAAGCCAAUGACAGGCAAAACCAACUAAUUUUUCUUUUGUUUCUGUCCAUUUCCUUGUUGGAAUGCAGGUAAUGGAAAACUCAAAUGGGAAUAAACACAUUAUUGUGCCUGUUUUGGUGGCAGCGAUGGCAGCAAAGAAACAAUACUUCUCUGCCAUUCUGUAAUUGGGACGUUGUUUAGCAGAGCUUUUCUGAGUCGUUCAUAGUUUACUCCAGCUUGGCCUGCAGGUGGAUGUACAAGUGCCCUUGUAAGCUCCAUAUAAUAUGUUUGCAAAACACUUCAAGCAUAAAGAUUUUUGCAUUUGGUAUAACUUGGGUACCACAAAUGCUGCAUUCAGUUGAAUGAAUCCAGAACUCUGGUUCUUUUUAGAGGGAGGAUUUUCAGUUAUUGUGGCCUUGUGACACAGACAUGGUGCUCGGUGGUGGGGGGGUUUGAGGGUACCAGAUGUUGACUCGGCGCUUGCUUUCUCUGAUUGAUAACAUCAAGCAGAAGAGGAUUGAUUUGUGGAGUCCAUUAAGUAAUAAAUGUCUUUUUUGUGAGAGGGGGUACUCCCAGUCAACUUGAAAGAGGUGGCUGUGAGUCCACCCCCAACGGAAAGGAGAUCAUUUGCUGAUUGAAAUUUGCAGUUCUAAAUAUACCUUCUGGGAAUAAGUUCCAUUGAACUGAAUGAUACUUCUAAAUAAGUGGACUUUGAAUCUUUCCCCUGGGUACAGUUAUUGGAGAAUUUUAAUGGAGAAUAUGUCACUAUAUAUUGUUGCCAUGUGGAACCACAGAAUUCUUGAAGCAAGAACUGACUUGAAGCAAUAAGAGUCUAUGGAGUGAAAUUCCAUGGCACAAGAAGGAAUUGUAUGUGAUCCCAAGGGGAAUUCAAAUUACAUCUGAUACCUAGAAGUAGAGAACAUGGUUAGUUCCUUCUCUGCUGACUUCCCCUGUUUGUUCCAGGUGGAAUACCUCCUGAAGAAGAUCUGCACAGCCAUGAGCAUUGAGCUCAACUCUGGGGAGUUAGAGGACUUCUUUUCUCAAGAGGCUCAACAGCAGAGUGGUUUGACAGUCUGGCAGUUUCUUGACUUGGUAAACUCGGGCCGGUUCCUACGAGGAAUUGAGCGUGAGGCUAUUAGCAUGGCUGUUGAAGAAGUCUACCAGGAGAUCAUUGGAGAUGUGCUCAAACAGGUAAAGAGCUGUCCUUGAUUAGGAAAUCCUUUGCUUGGGUUUGUGGAACUACCUAUGAACAGGAAAUAAUACACGGGGACCCAGCACAGCUUUCUUCCUCUCUAAUAAAGUCUGUAUUGGCCUGAUGGGGACUGCAUCUACUGCACAUUCUAGUUACCUUUUUGGACAAUGAUAACAAGAGCAUUAAAGGGAUGGGAAAUGAUCUAAUUUGUGGUAUUUGAAGUGAGAGGAACAGUAGAACAAGGUAAAGGGGGGGGGAGCAACCAUCUGGGAAGAGACCAGAGAACCUACACUGAUGUUUAUUUGUCUUUUCCUAUAGAAUGGUAACUGCAUAUGCUAAGGAUAAUCGGGUAGGCAACUUUUAGGCUUGUAUGCAUGUUCCAUUUUUCUUCUGGGUUCUGCACACCAAGAUGUAGUUGCUGUAUCUACCAGCUAGCAUGGGAUUUUGCAUGCCAGUCCUUUGGAAGAUUUCCCACACUUUGCUAAUCCUGAUCAGUCCUGAUCGCCAAUCAGCCUGUCAGGAAUCACAAUACCCUUGUGGCGUGUGAGCUGUCAAAAGUGCCAAAUCAGCAUGCCUGAUAGUGGGAAAUUCUGGAAGCUUGCUGAGUGUACAGCAUUGAGGAUAUGCCAGCAGCCAAUGAGGAAAUAGGACACUGUGCUAAGUCCACUGCGCAAAGAGGAAGAAAACAAGUCAGCAUUCCUGACACCCACAAGCCACAUGGUCCUGUUUGUAAUAGUUCAGAUGGCAGAUCAAGGUCAAGGUUCAUUAAGGUUGAUAUCCAGCUCAUUCAAAGGAAAGGCUCGAGUAGAAAGCCUCCUGCUAGUUGGUGGCACUUGCUUAUUCCACACCAGAAGUAAAUUGGCCACAUGGAUGCAACCUCAUAUAAAGCUAGUGAUAAGGUAUACCUUUCAGAAUAUACAGUAUGCAUGUAUACACUUACAUAUACCUGUGUAAGAUAAGCUGGAGAUCAGUUCACACAAUCCAUGUUCUAAAUGUGCCUGUUUCUUUGGCUCCUUUGUGACACAAAUCUGUGCUAUGGCUGUAAUAUAGGUGGAGUCUUGCAAAGAUCUUUGGUACAAAUAUGUUUGUUUACUCACUUUCUGUUUCUCUGUCUCUUUGGUUGGGAGCAGGGCUAUCUAUGGAAGAAAGGUCAUCUGAGAAGGAACUGGUCUGAACGAUGGUUCACCCUAAAGCCCAGUGAUCUCUCUUACUAUGUGAGUGAGGAACGGAAGGAGAAAAAGGGGAGCAUUUCUUUGGACAGAAACUCUUGUGUGGAGGUAAUUGGACAUACUCUGAAACAAAAGGAACAUGAUAGGCAGAUGCAGUCCUCUCAUGAGGCAGCUGGUGACAGUGUGUGGCUUCUCCUCUCCCCAGUUGCGUACCCCAGUGUCAUUCCCUUCACCACAAUGCAGGAAUAUGCAACUGUAACAUACGUGGAUUGUGACCUUGACAUUAUCAGCACCUGUGAAACUCACAGGACGUUAUCAAGGUUGCUGUUGAAGCCUAUGUACAGGUCCUUUUGAGGGAGGAAAAAAGCACAUGCAGAUGAAGCUGUCUGUUUUAAACAAAUAAACUAAACAUUUGUAGACUAUGCUUCAGCCAAUAAGAGUUCAAGAUGGUCAAUGACAAGUCCAAAAUAAUUCAUAAUGCAUAUUAUAAAACACUAAAACAAGCAGUAAACCAUAACUAUUAACCAUAACAUGAGGCAGCAGCUUAAAACAUACAGCAGGUUUAAGCAAUUACAUAUAUUAAAAAUGCCGGGGGGGGGAUAAAUGUUUUUGCCUGGUGCCAAAUGAAUGGUAAUGUAGGUGGCAGGCAUACUUCUUUAAGAAGAGGGUUCUGUAACCUGGCAUCACCAGCAGGAAAAAGUAAAGCCCUCUCCAUUACUGUUUUAUUCUGUGUUUCUGAUAUGGAAGGCACUUUGAGAAGAGCCUCAGCAGGAGAUCUCAAAACAAAGGGUGUUAUCCAAGAUGAUCAAGGGUCAGGAAACCAGGCCUUAAGAGGAAUGGUUGAGGGAAUUGGGUAUGUUUAGCCUGGAGAAGCAAAGAUUGAGAGGUGUUAUGAUAGCCAUCUUCAAAUAUCUGAAGGGCUAUCACAUGGAGGAUAGAGCAAGCUUGUUUUCUCCUGCUCUGGAGGGCAGGACUCAAACCAAUGGCUUCAAGUUACAAGAAAGGAGAUUCCAACGAAACAGCAGAAAUAACUUUCUGACAAGAAGAGCUGUUCAACAGUGGAACAAACUCCCACAAGAGGUGGUGGACUCUCUUUCCUUGGAGGCUGUUAGGUAGAGGUUGGAUGACCACCUGUCUUGUAUGAUCUAGUUGAGAUUCUUGCAUUGCAGGUGGCUGGACUAGAUCACCCUCGGGGUCCUAUCCAACUCUAUGAUUCUGUGAUCUCCACUUACACAGCAGAACGUCCUCUUCUCCCUGUGUGCUUCCUGCACCCUCCCCAUAUCUGCUCCAGAGGCUUAGGGGAUCCCCAGGACGUAUUUAAUGGGUGUGAGGAAAGAGGAGAGAAAGGGGAAGGUUCCACUGAACAGCCGGAAGUCCUUGGUCUGGUGGAAGCACUUGGAUGAGCACUGUCCAUACUGAGAAGGCCUUCCCCCAAAUAUUUAAGACCUUCCCCGAAAAGGAGAAAUAAGGAGGAAAUUACUAUAUUGCUGACAGCCAAGUAUGGGGAAAACAAUGUAGAAUCAGUAGUGCCAUCGUGGCACAAAGUCCAAGUCCUCACUUGACAAAAUGAAUACAAGAGCCUCCAAAUGCAGCAGGACUUGUUUAUCACACUUUGAAGUGAAUUUUAGUACACAUUAAUGUCUACAAAUCUGCCUCCCCUACAUAAGUCCAUUAAGACCAUAGGGCAGUAUCCAGUGAAAUCAAGGACUUAUGGCUGCACAAUUGAACUUCCUCUCCUCUCUGCACCCCCUAAAUAUGUUCUCGGUUCCCCCCAAGCCUCCAUAGCAGAUUUGGGGAGGGUGAUUGGGGAGAGGACAUUCUGUUGCAUGAAUAAAAAUCCUUGUGCAGAUGGAGCUAUUUUGUUGGAUACCACCCAGAGUCUAAAAUUACCUAUUGCACCACUGAGAGGAAUUGAGGAGACAAGCCAUGCUGUGCCUGUUAAUAGUGAGGACAGGGGACGCACGGACUGGAUCCAGUCCAGAACUGGCCCGCCCUCCAUGGCCCACUUUUGACAGGUGGGGAAGGCCGCCAUACCUAUCAGUUGCCUGAAGUCAGGUGACUCUUCCUUUGCAGCCCCAGCUCAUACUGUAUGGGAAGAAGAUUUGCAGCCAUGGAUUGAAGUCAGGCCAAGGCUGUAAAGAUAGUUGCUGAAAGUAGGGCUUGCAAUCAGAACUGGAUGUAAAUUCAGUACUGACUGUUAGCUCCACUUUCAGCAAGGACUGGAAGUCAGCAGGGUUGCAGCUUCUCCCAGGCUGGGUUGCAAAGCCUUGAUGGGGAUGUUGUUUUGUGGUUGGGAAAGGCAGGGGUGGCCAUCCUUGGCUUGAGGCAUUUCAAGCCUUGGCAGUGUUCUAGGUGGGCUUGUGGCUGAAGGGAGAUGUCAACUUUUCCUCCUUUAUUCAAAGAUCUUGCCUGACAAGGAUGGGAAACGGUGUAUGUUCUGUGUGAAAACACCUUCUCGGACGUAUGAAAUGAGCGCCUCGGAUACCAGGCAAAGGCAGGAGUGGACGCUUGGUGAGUACUGUGGCUCUUUUCUCCUACACAUUUGGAGAUUUGCUGUAAUUAAGAUAUGAAACUGAAAGUAGCAAGAGCCUCUGGCCCUUUAGGUAGCCUUCAUUCAUGGAUUGACUUUCUCCCCGUAUGACUUGAACUGCCAAAGCUAAAGUAACUCACAUGGCCAACAUUUUAUGAAAACAUAAAAACACAUGAUUCUGGAUUGAAAGCCAGUCUUGUGUAACUAUUUGGGACUUCAGGUCAGAUUAUUUUAAUAUUGUCUUCUGCGAGAAUCCUAGUAGUAGCUAAAUAAUAUUGAGUGUUAGAGAUAGGAGACAAGAUAAUAUGGAACCACAGGGUCUUGCCAGUCUGACACUUCCGUGUGUGUGUGUGUGUGUGUGUGUGUAGAGUUCUUCGUUUGCAUACCACAAAACUUUUAUGAAUUUGCAGUAUGAAAAGGAAGUUUGGUUUUGCUUCCUGUUGAAUAGCAUCAGCCAAGAAAGCAGACAUCCCAAAACUCUGGGGGUCAUGGGUGCUGAAUGUUGCAACUCUUCCUUAUUUCAUUUCUCUAACGUAUUUUUAUAUUGCCCAUCAUCGAACUCAAUUACAGGGAAGUUUUAAAAAAAUUAGAAGCGCAAUUCAUGAAAACAAUGAAAAUGAUUAAGCAAACAAGCAGAUAAUGGAACAGUUCAAUGAGGUAAAAAGCCUAGGUUGCUAAGGAGGUUUAUGCUUAUGCUAUGUUGCUUCAAAGCGAGCCUCCUUGGAGAUGGUGUCCCCAUGAUAGGGGUGCUAAAUCCCCUCUCUUUCUUUACCUGCCUCACUUUUGAAAAGGGGGAGGCUUUAGAGAAGACCCUCACAGGAGAUGGCCCUAAGGCAUUCGUGGGCCACAUCCCUUUGAGGUAACCUUCCAGGGGCUACAUGCCAGUGGUGGGUGGAGCCAGAGGCAAAAGUGGGAGGAGCAAUUAAUGUAAAUCUUACCUUUGUGCACUAGGCUUUGUUUCUACAUGCACUCACCUCCAUCCAUGGGUGCAAGAGACAUUAUCACAAUUCAAGGUCACAUUCCAGCCAGGCAAAACCAAGAAGUUAUGAAGCAGGGCCAGUAGAGGGUGUGGCCUAGGAAGAUCCCUGAGCACUAGAUAUAAAGACAUCAAGAUCCACAUUUGGACCCUGGACCUGAGUUUCCCUGACCUUAAGGGAUAGAGAAGUGGUUGUGAGUCAAGGGGCUCUUUAUAGUCGCUAGCCAAGGCAGCCCCUAUGUCCCCUUCUGACAUCUCUGGCCCUUCCUCCCUCGGCAGCCAUCCAGAUGGCAAUCCGCCUCCAGGCCGAGGGCAAGAAGUCUCUGCACAAGGACUUGAAGCAGAAGCGGCGGGAGCAGCGGGAGCAGCGGGAGCGGAAGAAGGCUGCCAAGGAGGAGGAGAUGCAGCGCCUGAAGCAGCUGCAGGAGGAGAAGGAGCGCAAGCUGCAGGAGCUGGAGCUGCUGAAGGAGGCCCAGCGCCAAGCUGAGCUCUUGCUCCACGAGGAGGAGGAGCGGCGCCAGCAGCAGCAUGAGGAAAUGCAGAGGACACUGGAGAUACAGUUGCAGGAAGCUGAGAAGGUGGGUUCAAGGAGAAGGGCAAGGGGGCUCCCACAUCCACAACCUGCCUGGUAGACCAGGUCAGCAAACAAAGAUACAAAUCCGUCCUUGGCAUCUUUGGUGGGUCAGUCAGCUUGCCAACAAUACCCAGGAGGGGUUAGGAAUGCCGUGGAUUUUUUAGGGGCUUGUUCAGUGCUCUAGCUUGUGCAAUAAGUCUCCUUGGGAUCUUCAGCCUAGACUGGCUGGGCAAAGCCAGUCGGGUGAGGAGGAAGCACAUCCUUUUGAGAAGCAUGAAGUGAUGGAAGGCCUGCUUUCUCUUGGCUUAAGAUUAGCAGCUCACACUCCUAAACACUACACUAUGGUUUUGCUGUGUGGUGCUAUCCAGAUGUUCCAAGUAGUGCAGAAUACAGUGGCUAUACACUACUGAUGGAGGUGCAAGACCAACAGAAUGUGACAUCUCUGCAAAAAUAUCUGCAUUGGCUGCCCAUGUGCUACUCUGCCAGGUUCAGGGUUCUUGUAAUAAUAUGCAAAACUCCUGAAGCCAAGCUGGCGCCAGAUGUAUUGCUCUGCUUUACUGUGGUCCACAUCAGCAAGGCCGAGAGGGGGGUCUUGUGCGGGCAGCCCAGGACCUCCAUACACGCUGCCUAGACUUGUACCCCGGGGAGAUCACCAGAGGCACACUCCAUUGUCUGUCAAGACAGACAGAUGCCAAUAACAAGCUUAUAUAGUUGUAAACUGCUGAUACUAAUCAAAUAGCUUGUUAUAAAUAGGGUCCUGCUGUAUACUAGAAACUGUACUGUCACCUUUUUUUUCAUGGCAUGCAGAUUACUUAUUAUUUGUUGCAUAAUUGUGGCACAUCUAAUGCAAGCAAGCAAGCUGUAAAAUCAGGCAACAUGCAUCAAGUAUUACUCAGGCUCUGUGCAACAAAGAACUGUGUCUGAAAAAUAUUUUUCUUGCUUCAAGUGGAAUUCUGUGCAGUCACUACCCAGCUUCAGAGUGACAGCCAUAUUCCAUAGUGCAAAACGUCCAACUCAGCAUUGUUAUAUUCAUUAUGGCAUCAUUUAAUAGCCACCAAGGCAAACAGGCAGAAAUCUCCUAUAGGGGAGGUCAUGGUCCUCUUAACAUUCCAAUAAGUGUUACCUCCCCCCACCCCACCCCCACAAAAAAAGAAUUCCAAACUGAGGCCCACAACCCACUGAGCCACUCAGUUUUGCUUCUUUUUUGCUUCUUUCUACGCUGCUAAUUAUUGCAUGCCUGUCUUUGUAAAUCCACAAAUCUGGACUGGAAAUGACAAAAGCCAUACCACAGUCUGCACCAACGGCUGAGAUGUAGGCUGUGUUUAGGUAGCUGAUUCUGCCCCCUGCUGUUGGGCUGUGUACUCUACAUACUAACCGCAUGGUAUUAUUAUACCUGCAGGCUCGUGCUAACAUGCAGGCUGAGAUGGUACUGAAGGAGGCAGAGGCAGAACGUCAGCGCAAGCGCAUCACAGAACUGGAGGAGAUGCAGCAACGACUCCAAGAUGCUCUGCACCAGGAGGUUAAAGCUCGUCAGGAUGAAGAGGCCGUGAGAUAUGCACAGGCCCGGUACGGAUAAUGAAUGCUCAGCUUCCUUCCUUCAACUAGGUCUGGAUAUAAUGUCCUUUGACAGCUGAAACAAAUGUUCAGCUGGCAUAAUUGUGAGUUCCCUCAGUGAUGGUGGACUCAUGUACUCCCUUGCCAUCUACCCCUCUGUAAGAACUGGGAGCAAUUCCAGGGCUGAGGCUUGCAGUUUGCUGUAACUAUAGCUUUACAGGACACUACUAUUUAUGAGUGUACUUUUUCUGAGAAAAACUGAAGCCCCUUCAGGUGUUUUCGUUGCACUUUAUACACCUCUUGCUGGGGGAAAUCUGGAAUUGAUACAGCUGAUCUGUGCUAGUAUCAACACAAAUGUCCUCUACUGCACCAUUUGCUUUAUAUUAUAUUAUAUUAUAUUAAUUAGAUUAUAUUCCCAUGCAAUCAAUGUAUGUAUACUUUACAAAGUAUAAGACAAUGGUUCCUGCACCAAGGAGCCUACAACAGAGGACGAGGAAGGAAAUGGAGGCAGGGGUAAACAGAGAGGAUAUGCAUCUAUUUCAGCUGCAUGUACUUUGGCUGAAUUGCAGUGGGGUAUAGAUGAAGGAAAAGUAUUAAUAGAAAAGAGAGUUUUGAGGAGGUGUUUGAAGGAAGAGGAGUGACAUGGCAUCUCUGAAAUCUUCUAGGAGGCAGUUAGCUGAAAGCGAAAAGAAGAUUAAGAGGAACAGUGGAGUAUUUUGAGGGAGCAGGAAACCGUCAGACAACAGGGUGGAGGUGCAAAGGUCAUGGACAGGGACACAUCAGAAUAAGAGCAGAGAGAUAAAAUGGAGAUUGGGCCUUGGAGGACUCUAAAAGAAAGGGCAGGGGAUUUGUGCUGGAUCUGGGAACAGACAGAAGGCAGCAUAGGGAUUUAAAGGGGGGGCGUUGCAUUGUCAGAGUGACAACAGAAGUGAAUGAGUUUAACGACACAGUUCUGAAUAGAGGUCAAGGUGAGACAGUGGAAAACUACACAUGAGAGGAUUGCACCAGGGCAUUUGCUAAGGGGGUAGAGAGGAAGUUACAGUAGUUCAUGGUGGACCGAAUCUUGAGAUCAAAAGAAAAAGGAGAGACAUGGGUAAAGCCCCAGGCUUUGCAGAGAUUUGAGAUGGGACAAAACAUUUCCCAGAAAACUCUUUCCCCAAUAUCUUCACCGUGUCCUAAGCAAGGAUUCCAGGAAUGGAGGCAGUUGCACACACUUCUUGCAAAUCAUACUGUUUUCCUUCACAGUUAUAUGGACUCUCCCUGUGUGUACUGGAACUGACCAGAGGCUUAAACAAGAAAAUUGCUCAUAGGCAGGGUUGGUGCCAACUAGGCAGCUGCCUAGGGCACUGACCUCAGAAAUGCACCGUACUGACCUUUGAGGGGCACAGAUUACUUUUUAUUCUAACCUAUACCUUUCUGAUAAUAUAUGACUUUUAGAUUCUGAAAACAGUUUUUCACAAGUCAAACUUACAAGAACUUACAUAUGCUCAGCAGUGUUGCAAAAGAGACAUACGGCUUGGCAGCUAUAUCCAUUGAACAUGCCCAAGUAUCAGCACUUGACCUGAAGGAAGUGGUGACAGCAUUUGCAAAGGAAAAGGCGUGCAAAGUGAGAUUUUGAUGUGCCUGAAACCAAAACUUUUAAGAGACUUAAAUUUUAACAUUGCAGAUGACAAUAAUAUUCAAAAUGAUUUGUGUGCUAAACCAUAUUCUUGUUUAUUUGAGAAGGAAAUUCAAAAACUGUUAUAUUACUUAUUCUAGCAGUUCAAAGUAAAUUUAGCAGUUUCAAAGCCUUGUGCUUUUCAUUUUUUUCUACAAGACAUCUGUUUUUGAAAAUUGAAGUUUUUUAUUUUAUUUAUUUUGCUGGGGAGUGGAAGUAGUUAGCCUGGCCUACAGGGCAACAAAAUUGCCACGGCACCAGCAUUGCUCAUAGAGUGAAAUGUAACUGACUUCUUUUGCAAUUUUGUUAGGUUGCUGAAUGAAGAGGAGGAGAAAUUGAAGCAGCUGAUGAAGCUGAAGGAGGAGCAGGAGGAGUACAUCAUCAGAACCCAGCAUGAAAAACUGAUCCUCAAGCAAGAGAUGGAAAACAAGAGCAAGUUUCUGGAAGAGGCCCAACAGCAGUUGGAAGAAGUGAGAGUCAAUAGAGAAAGGGUGGACCAGGAUGUCAUGGUGAGUGAAGGAGCUGUCUCUGCUUCCCAUUCUCUCUAGGAGAGUGUUACUGCCACAGAAACAUCUUAUUUAGCCACUGUCUAUCCCACCUCCCCAUAAGUAGCUCAAGAUGGCAAGGUAGAAACUACAUGCUUAAAUCAGUAAACUGAUUAUAGCAUUUGCAUGGUGCAAAACUGAAUUGUGCAAUUCAAAAAGGGCUCAAAUUGCCUCCGUAUGUAGUCUCCUUCUCAAAGUAAGGCAAUCUCUUCCCUGCUUCUUACACACACAGACGCACUUAUUUACUGCUAGAUCAAACUAUCAAAUCUGGGCCAAAGUAAAUCACUAGUAGAAAACAGGUAUGGUACACCUGUGAGAGAGAGCUCCAGAGAUUUAGUUCAGAUGAUGUAUGUCCUGUGAAAACUGCAUCCCAGUACCUGUGGUGCCUUAAAAAGGAGACACUGUACUUGUACUCCCUUGGACCAAGUUGGUGGACUCUACUUCAUUGGAGAUUUUUAAGCAGAGGUUGGGUGUCAUGGAUGUUUUAGUUGUGAUUACCCUCCGAAUCCCUUCCAAUUAUUCAAUUCUGUUUCUAUGAAGCUAGCAUUUUUUUAUAGUUAUCAGCACUUCUCUGAAAAUAUUAGGUGAUCAAAUCUGCAGUCAUAUAGCAACUUAAAAAACAACAACCACAAAGCAACUUACUGUGAUUUAUCAUAAAUUUGCUACCUGUUGCCUUUUGAGAGAGAUUUUGGAAUGAAAGAUUAUUCCUAAGUGCACUUAGCAUAAUGUUGGGAUAAUAGCACUUGAAGUACAGGAUAGUAACCAGAUUUUGUAUGAACAGUCCCCCUAGAAGGGCCCACUGCUCCUGGUUUUGUGCUGUCUUUACUGUAUGCUUUGCUAAUUAUGUUAGAAUGUUUGGGCUAGCAAUGAAGAACAUGGGAACUGCACUGUGUCCCAUCAGUGCAAGGAUUUCCUCUUGUGCGAUGUAACCAUAAUAAUAAUAAUAAUAAUAAUAUUUAUUACUUAUACCCCGCCCAUCUGGCUGGGGCUCCCCAGCCACUCUGGGCAGCUUCCAACAGAAUAUUAAAAAUGUGAUAAAAACAUCAAACAUUAAAAACUUCCCUAAACAGGGCUGCCUUCGGGAUGUCUUCUAAACGUCAGAUAGUUCUUUAUUUCCUUGACAUCUGAUGGGAGGAUGUUCCACAGGGCAGGCACCACUACCAAGAAGGCCCUCUGCCUGGUUCCCUGUAGCCUCACUUCUUGCAGUAAGGGAACCGCCAGAAGGUCCUUGGCGCUGGACCUCAGUGUCCGGGCAGAAUGAUAAAUCUGUUCUAGGGGUUCCCCCAACUCUCUGGAGCAGAUUUGGGAGGGUGUGGGGUGCACAUGGGGAGAGGACAGUGGGAAAGUCCUGUUGCACAAGUUGAAUUCCUUGCACUGACAGGAUGCAGUAGUUGAAUACCAGCCAGAGUUUUUAUUGUAAUUUGUACUUUUUAUUUUAUCGCUUCUUUAAACUGCCCUGAGAACUUGGUUGGAUGGGUUGUAUAUGAAGAUAAGUAUAUACAUUAUUGUUAAUUUGUGAUGUUGCCUGAUUGAUUAGUGAUUUUUUUCCUGUUUCAUUGCAGUUGGCCCAGCGGAAGCUUCAACAGGCCAGCACAAAUGUAAAACAUUGGAAUGUUCAGAUGAAUCGACUGAUGCACCCCAUUGCGCCAGGAGGUAAGUGACCGCAUAAAGUAUUUGCAUAUGGAGCAAAUACACAGCUAAAUCUGAUAACUGCAGCCAAUUGACCCACUGCUUCAAACUUGCACACAGCUGUAUCUGGUAGUUGUUUGCUUACCAGGGAAUAAUCUUGCAUUGCAGAAAGUAAUAUCGGCGAUUCUUUUUGAUCUUCCUCCUAACUGUGCACAGAGGUCAGAUCCCUCCAGGGCUUAUGAGCCAUGUGGUUGUUCUAAAGAUCCUUUGUGCUCUUAUACAAAUAAAAAUGUCCUUGUUUGGAACAUUCUGCCGUGUUUGUUUGUUCGGUGGUACCUCGGAACUCAAACGUAAUCCAUUCCGGAAAAACGUUCGCGUUCCAAAACGUUCGCGUUCCAAGGUGUGGCUUCCGAUUGGCUGACGGCUAGGUUUUUUCAUAGCGGAAGCCACAUCGGACGUUCGUGUUUCUAAGAACAUUCAAAAACCAGAGCACUUACUUCUGGGUUUUCAGCUUUUGAGAGCCAAAACUUUCGAGAACGGAGCCAUUCGAAUUGCGAGGUACCACUGUAUCCUGUUCUGUUAUUUACUGUGACUGAAGUACUGUCCUCUGGAGACUAGCAGAUUUAAUUUGAACACACAUAUUCUUGCAUGCACAUUCUUGAAGGUGCUUUGUUGCAACGAUAGUGAUGAGCUUAUGCAUGGCAAUACUCUAUUGUUGCUUCUAAGUGCUUUUGUUCAUCUCUUUCUAGAGAAACGUACAGUGGUGAGUGGAGGGUUCCCUGGUUUCAAUCCUGCACUCCUGUCCAGGAGAGAUUCCUCCCUCAAACUGAAGCAGAAUCUGGAAAAGAAGAAAUCUGAUGCUAUGAAGAAUGGAAGCAAGGAAAACUUAAAUGGGGAGAUGGAGAAGCAGCUGCAGGCACCUGAUAAAGAUAAUCCUAGCUCAGAAACCCUCUGAGUAGCUGCAGAAGCCAGGCCAACCCACUUGUUGAAAUUUUGGGGCCGGGACGUAAACAUCAUGACAGUUUAACAGUAACUAUAGUAUAUACAUAUGAGCACUGGACAGAUGUAAAGAUUGUAUAGGGAAGUAUGAUAAGAAUUCUACUUUGUUAAGCCAUGGGCUAUGCUGGCAACUUGCUUAAUAUGCAAAAGCAGCACCUGAUGUAUAUAAAAUGGACAAACCAGAAGUUUCCUUAUCCAAAAUGCAGGAGUAUGGUUCUUUGGGAUUACAGUUCCCUCGAAGGUACACUUUAUUUGGCCUCUGCAGAAGAUGAAAGAUCCUCAUCACACUCUCAUACUGGCAUGAGGAAUUUCAAACUGCUGUUGUUGCUGGUAACCACUUCUGUAAUGUGCCAAGAUGUCUCAUUCUUUUAAAAACAUUUUUUUAAAUGGUAAAAUAUAUAUUGUGCUCCAUUGUGGUUUGCAAUAUGUUGUUAUAAACAGUCUGGGUCCUGCUUCUUUGGGACAAUAUUGGUUAAUUUUCCACGUCAUUAAUUAAUUAUUAUUAUUAUUAUUAGGCAGCUGAAGAUACAGAUAUGGCCCAAGUUUAUAUAAUGAAUUCUGAAAAUGUUAUGUUUCUAACUUUUGAAACCAAUGUGCAAGCCUUGUCAAAGAGUUGUUGAGAACAAACAAGUUGAUGCUCAGUUUCCCUGAAUCGCUGUGCAAUGUAGAGUAUGAGUUUUAAAUGAAAUUUCUUUGUUUUUCGUUAUCAAGCAAGCAUUGUGAAAGAUAUAUAGAGGGGGAAGGGCACUGGAGGAACUAGCACAGUUCUUUCGGGGUGUGUGUGCUGUGAGUUGUGUCAUUCUGAUUAUGUUACAGGAAUACGACUGGUGUCCUAAGGAGAGUCUCUUAUAAAAGCAACUGUAAAUAGAAUUUCCUGGUGCACAGCUGCGGGAAGGAAAUGGAGAGGGGGAGAGAAGGGCUUGUGGAAGACGCAGAGGGAGAGUGAAGGAGAACGAUACUGUGCUCCAGGGCAGCAAAAAAUAAUUCUAACUGAAAAACAGUAGUAUUUUCAAAAGUGAUCAAAGUGGGGGACUGAGUUUUCUCCAUAACAUGACAUAGCGCUCAUCCAGUCUUCCACUUGUGGUGCCACUUUCCCCUGGGAGAACCCGAUCUUUACUGCUGAAUCAGAGGAAAUACCAAUCAAGUUUUCUGUGGAUUGACAUUUGCUCUGAUUCAGCGCUAAAGAGCAGGUUUCCCCAGGGAAAGCAAACAGAAAACCGCUCUGCCCCGUGCUCAGAAAGCAAGUGGCAAGUGGGAAACUGCUCAGAUUCCUGUUUUUCUAGAAGUGGGAGAAGUGGAAGUGUUAACCUAAUCAUAGAAACAAGUCCCACUGGAUGCAGUGAGACUCUGCACUAAGUGCGCUUAGGCUGGCAGUCUAGGAGUCUGAAAAGCUAACAAUAGUUUCUCAGUUUCAAAUGGUAAAAGAGAGCCACUGUAGCCUGCGGUAUGCCCCCUCAAUUCUUUUGUCCCAUUUAUCAUCCGUGACAAACAAGUUUUGCAGGGUUUUGAAGCACUAUGAAAAGUUAGUAAAACCUGUUUGGCCACGGGUGGUAGCAUGCCUACAACAUGAGCAGUGAUGGUUCUAACAUAUCCCCUUCAAACCUUUGGGAAACGGCUGCCAGGGUCUAGUCUCAAUAAAAACAAUAUAUAAUCUUUUCUACCAGUAGACAAAUCAAUAUUGGGGAGAGGAAUUCUAGCCUAGCCUUCUUCUCCCUGAUAAGCUAGUUUUAGGUGUCCAUAGAUUGCCCCCCACCACAACCCCAGCAGCAUUGAUUCAUGCUAUUUCUCAACUGUAGUGAGAAUGGGCAGGUUUUUUUUUUUAAUGUCUACUGAUUGUGUAAACUAGCUCAUAAAUACAUGUUAAUAAGGCAUGAACAAGCGAAAAUGUAUGUACUGGGAGGUAUUCGGCUGAGUUUUACUCAGCGUAGAACCAUUGAAAUUAAUGAAAUUUAUUCAUAUCAUAAAAUUUAAUUGCUUAAAAACAAAGCAUCAGCAAUCCCAGACCAGAGCCAAAGUGUAAGUAAAUGUGUGAUUAAUUAAUGAUGAAACAAAUAAUCCUUCCUGAAAUCAAUGACUAAGUUACGUCCAUUAAUUUCAGUGGUCUCCUCUGGUUAAAACUUAGUUGAGUACCACUCACUGCCCUUGAGACACAAUUUCUCAAAUCUCUCCUACUGCUGUAGUAUGAAUUCAUGAGGAUGUGAAUUCACUCAGAAGGUGAUAGCAGUUAGAGCUGUAUUUAUCCUAGGUGAACGUACCUUCACCACAAUGAUUUCUUUCUACACAGUGAAGUGUUCUCCCGUUUCUUUCCAUUGUGCACCCCCGGCAGUUCCUCCAGCUCUCCAGAGCAUAUUUGAAGAUGGCUCAAGGAGAGGAGGGGGAAAAUAUCACUGUGCUGGCACUUUCCCUUCAACUGGUGCAAGAAUUUCUUUGACUAUCACCCUUAUCUUUGGCAGAACUUACAAAGUUGUGUGUGUGUGUGUGUGUGUGUGUGUGUGUGUGUAAGAGAGACAGCAGGGGGGGCCUAUAGUCAGUCAUUUUUUCUUCAUAGCAGGUGAUAAAACUGCAAACUGACAGCUAGUUCAUGGGAUUUAGCUAUGUCCAUAUAGAGCAGGAUUGUCUGCUCUGACUGGUAGCAUCUCUCCAGAGCCCCAAGCCUUUCCCAUCACCUUCUACUACUUGGUCCUUUUUUCUUUUCUGUGUUUACAAGAGUUGCCAGGGCUUGAAUCAGGGAGCUUAAGCACUUCAUAAUAAUAUUUUUUUUCUCUCAUCACAGAGAUAUAGACUACCACAUUGCCAAUGAGGACAGAAAUUGCUGUUUUGCAUCUCCUUGCUUUUGGGCAAUUAAACAUUUCUCAUGCCUUAAUAGUUCAGCAAUGAGAUUUCCUAGAGGGGCCUCUUUGAAAAUGGAGAUGGGGCCCUCUUUAUCCCUCAAAGUAGCCUAAGCAAGUUCAGCUGCCACAUUUGCCGUUGCCUCCACAUCCUUCCGUUGCCCCUGGACAUAUGUAUACACCAUACACUUAAAGUAUGCGACUUACUCGAAAUAAUUCUGUGAUCCUACAAAUUGUAAUUUAAGGGCGUUGCAGCUGGGGAGGAGGUUAAGUACAGUUUCCAUGAUUCAUGUAGGAAACAGCCACUAUAGAUGUAUUUUGUUUGGACUUACUUUAUCUCUUCUCAAGAAAUGAAGCUGAACUUGCUUUCUACCUCAUAACAGGUGGGAGCUACAAUUGGCCUUAUAAAACAACAUUUCUUAUUUUCAGCUAAAACAACACUGAGCAAAGCUGUUUCUGUUCUCUUCAUUUCUGGUCUUGCUAUGCUGACAUCAGAAAAGAAACUCCUUGCAUCAGCUUUUUUCCUGAGUGCUUCCUCUGCCGAAACACCACACACCUGCUUGUUCUGUUACUGCUUAUCUAGAUGAUCAGUAAAAGCAUGAUUCAAGGAGAGAACACUAAAGCAUGAGCCCUAGUUCACAUAUGAUAGAUGGUGGUGGGUGCAGGGAAUAGCCACACUGUUGCUUGCUCCCUUUCUUGGGUUUUUAUUUUUUAAGCUAUCCUGGUAGUUGUAUACUUUUGCAUAACAGAGACCACACAGGUUGGAAAACUUAAAUGUACAUAUAUAUUGUUAAAUGUGAAAGGUUUGCAGAAUGAAACAAUACUGGGGGGAAGUUGGUAACAGGUCGCCAAAUGGUACAGGCAUGCAAACUACCACUUUCUGAGGCUGGGCAGCUGAAUUCCUAACUUGAAAGGAGAUAUCUGGUACCUUCUGUAACAGAUUUUCAAGGCCAGAGCCACUUUCAUCUUACAGCAGGCUGCUGCCUAGAUUGAUUAUAUAUUCUAUUACAUAUUUUGGAAAGUUGUUUGUCUGUUUGGACACCUCUUAAGAUAUCAUAACCAAAUUUUGCAUGGUUCCUGAGAUCAAGGAGCAGGUUUUUGUCCAUGUUUGGAUACAGGUAGAUGCUGUUAUGAUGGACUGAACAUUUUGAAAUUGCACUGUCACUGAUUUUAACCACUGAUUUCAAAACACCGCUGAUUUCGGGGUGGGGGGUGGGAAGCAGUGUUCUUAGAAUUCCCAAGCAACACCAGGUACAAGACUGCUAGUUCGAGACAGACAGAAAAAACGUAUUGUGGUAAGAGUUUUUAAGGACCUGCAUUUCUUUAGCUGGAUUUUCCUUCCUUCCUUGGUGUGUGUGUGAUAAAAGUAGAUAAACUUAGAAAGUACUUUGGAGGUGUUCUAAUCCAGUGCCCUGCUCAGUGCUGGAUGCCUCAGUUGUCAAAGGCCAGGGAAAGAAUCUUAAGAGUUGGAAGGGACCCUGAGGAUCAUCUAGUCCAACACCCUGCAAUGCAGGAAUAUGCAACUGUAACAUAAGUGGAUCAAAACUGUGACCUUGACAUUAUCAGCACCUUGCUCUAUCCAUGCAACAGGAGCCCUGAUAAAUGAUCAUGCUGUCUUUACUCAAGUUCAUCUAGUGAAGGUGAGUCCACCAAGCCCAUCUGUUUCACUGCCAGACAGCUCCUACUGUUAAGACAUUUCUCCUAAUGAUUUGCCGAAAGCUGCCUCUUUGCAAUUUCGGUCCAUUAGUUCUACCCUAUCCUCUGGAACAACAGAGAACAGGUUUGCUCUUUCUACUGUGUGACAGCCUUUUGGAUAUUUGAAAUUAACUCUCAUGUCUCUGCUUAAUUUUCUCCAGACUAAACAUACUCAGUUCUAUACAUGCACACUGAGGACAACUCUUUUAUGUAUCUGAAUAAGUGGUCUCUUGUGCAUAAAGGCUUAAGCCACAGUAAAUCUGUAAGUCUUUAGUGUGCCAUAAAACUCUUUUGUGUGUUUGCUGUAGCCUGCCUUAUCCUCUGGAACAAUUCAAGGUGUGGCUGAUGAUCAAACUGUUCCUUUCUGGCUUUCUGCCCCACAGAAAAGGUAGCCAGAAAUCAGUGUGUGGGAGAAAGUGGAAGAAAUAUUUUUCUUCCUUCCAUGCCCCGUUCUCUGCCUUUCCACCAUCUACAAUGGUUCUGAUCCUUGACAAGCUUGCUUAGCUUCCCAGUAGUAUUCAGAAUGGUAAAGAAUAGCAGCAAAGUCAAAGAAGAGAGGCAGACAAGAGAGCAAUACUACCAGGGUAACAGUUAACUUACACUUGGCUACCACUUCAAAGUCUGGAGACAAUAAAGGGCUAAGGAGUAGUCAAGUCUACCUCAGCAGGACACUUGAUAGUGCAGAAGUGGAGCAUUGAGGUGUAGGGCCUAGGAAGAGAUGAGUGAGUCUCCUGGGGCAGAGCAAUCCAUGGGGGGGGUACCAUGGCUGAGAAGGCAUGCUCACUACUCACAGCUCACCUAAAUUCAUAGGGCAGGGCAUGUGGUGAAGGAUACUGUACCAGAGUGACUUUACCUGUGGAGGCCAAUAGUAAAAUUUUAAUUUGCUUAUAUAUGCUGUUCCCCACUUUCCAACACUGAAAUAAGUCCAGGGCAGGGGCAGUUGUACAUAACUUCCUUUGAAUGAGAGGGUACACCAGAGACUUAAAAGUGCCUUUGUAAUAUUUGUAUUUAAAAUUAUAAAAGCAGAACCUAUUGUAACUGGGCUUCUAAAAAGCAGAACCACAACUGCUAAUCCUGUUUCAGAUUUUUAAAGAGCAACUGCACCCCAAGGAUAUAGCCAACUCCAGCUAUAAAAACUUCCAUCUCUGCCUCCCAAGUCUGCAAACUGCUUCAUGUCCCCUCCCCCAAUUUCAAAUUCUGAGGUGGUUAAGGAACUAUUCAGACCUUCUAUGAAGUCUUUGCUCCUUCAUCAAAUGAUAUUUUAGGCAACACCAUAGUAUUAGGCAUAUUCACAAUAAUUCCUAUUUCUCAUUACACCUCCUAAGUCUAAUGAAACAAUUUCUAAGGUGACAUAUAUAUUUAAAACUUUUAUGAGCGUGUCACUUGGAUUAACGAGAUUUCCUUCCCAAACAGGCCACUAUCAAUUGCCUCAGUUGAAAAUCCAGACUUUCAUUCGUGCCACAAUUUGCAGGCACAGGUCUCUGCUUUUCAGAUGUGGGUCCAAGCAGCUUUUUUUUUCAUGCCGCUUUCCCUGGAAAAACCCGUUGUUUAUCACUGAAUCGGAACAAAUGUCAAUCCACGGAAAACCCAAUUGACAUUUGUUCCAUUUCAGAGGUAAACAGUGGUUUUUCCUAGCAGGGCCAAAAGAAAAACCAUACACACCACUCGGACCCACUUGUACAUGCGCCCUUUAAAGAUGGGCGGGGUAUAACUAAUAAAUUAUUAUUAAUUAUAAAAUUAUUAUAUUUCAAAUCAAAGGUGCUCCUUUAUUUCUUUGCUUUGGUGCCUCUGCUAUUUUCCUAGUCUUGUCCUAUUGCCAUUAACUCCAUGAAAUCUAGAAUUCUAGAUACAAUGGUUUGCUCAUACUAUGUUGUUUUUGCUCUCAGAAACUGCUUUUAGAAAGAUCAGAGGUAAAAGCCCAAUAUUUCUUUUCUGAUUGAAAUUUUGAUUUGCAGGGAGUCACUAAUGCAGCCACAUCGUGUAGGUAGUUUUUCAAAUAUGUUUCCCUUAUCCCGAAUAGCUUGGUUGGGGAUACCCUGAGUUUAGUUUCUGUAAGUGUCUUGGGGUGCUAGGUGUCUCCCAGAAGAUCUGCUGUGGGAGCAGCGGACUGUGACUUCAUUAGAGUGCCUAAGCUAUGUCUCCACCCACACUCAACCUGUAUAUGUAUGUAAAUAAAUGCAAAGAUUACAAAACACUA